CAAGUUGGAGAGUAAUUAACAAGCAGGUAUUGGAGCUCGCUGACCCUGAGGUUACAAAAUACAUUAAUCUCUGCACUGAAAACGUUACCAUUCUGAAUAAGAGCAACCUACACUACUACUUGGUGGUAUUAGCGGACGUGACUCGCAAUUGCCAGGGUGUAAUUCAAGUUCCACAAGACUUAAGAAUCGAAUUACAGCUUAUAUAUAAACGGACAUACACAAACUUUAACGUUUACAGUGGAACUAACAUUUCAUCAAAUACUCCGUGGGAGAUAACACGAUCACCAAUUUGUCAUUCCUGGGUUUCAAAUGCAAGCUCCAUUUUUCUAAGAAGCUCAUCUUAUUAUAGGAGCUACAUCACAGAGGUGCAUUUUAUUCUGUAUAUAGUCAAAGGUAAGCUUUUUAAGAAAAUAUAGGCUCCAAUUUAAGGCAAUCUGAUUUAAAACCAGUUUGCAAUUAUGGCAAACAAUGUUGCCUACACUGGAAAUAAUAGAGCAACAUUUUGUUCUCAUGUAAAGGACCCGUUGGUAAUAGUCUAACUUAUUAUCAUCGUUGUUGUCAUUAUUGUUAUUAUUAUUAUCAUUAUUACUACAAGUGAUACCGGUAAAAGUAAAUUAUAAUUAUUUUACACUAUAUAAUUAAGCUUAGAGUUUAAACCUUAAAAUAAUUUGAUCAAAAAGUUUUUGGUCUUUCUUCGGUGAUUUAUUCGACGAAGUCACGGUUCAAGGUUGUCCGCUAUAGUGAGAAGUGAUUCCAUUUGCUUUUAUUGAAAUGGAUGGAUGAAAAUUGAUCGCUCUUUCUGAUAUACAAAUCAUGUCCAGUGACAUACAAUUCAUGUCAAAGUGAAAGUAAAAUCCACUAUUACAGCUGAUUCUUAAGUCGCGGCACAAGCCGAUUAAUAAAAUGGGUUUACAAAGGGAGAUACGAAUUGCUCUUACUGAAAAGAAAACAACAACUUAAUAACAGCCUGCAAGCCACUGAGACUUAUGUCAUGCUGGGCCAAUUUAAAACGUGGAAUUUCUUAUGAGUGCCGGACACCUAUUUUAGUCGAUGAAAGUAAUUAAAUACGGCAGUUGAUUCAGACGUUGGAUAUGAUGGUGCCGAAUUUUAACUCCGUUUGUUGCAAAUAUUCCCAGUCUCUAGAAAAAGUUUUUAUUCAACAUGGAUAACGGUUUCUAUAAUUAAUGCAUUAUAUUCGGCACAUGUGAAAUGCGACUUCUAAAUCAAAUGUUGAACCUAAGUCGAAUUUCUACUGUUCCAGUCGCAGAUUCGACAAAGUCGUAUUUAAUUUGAAACUGUCGAAUUUAGUUGACUCGGACGUCCUAUCUCAAAUCAGUUACGGGCGAUUCCGCAGCUAUUUGAAAGAUUGUUUUUGAUUAGCUGGGAAAACAAUAGGGAUUGUCACAUAACAAUGUCCCUAUCCCAGAAAACAAUGGAAGUGCAGAUUAAAGGGGACCAGUGAAAGAAGAGGUGUAGAACGGUGCAGGUCUACUGUCAGUUACCUCUCGAGAAAGUCGACGAUUGGGCUGUGGGUAAAACAGUGUCCAAUAUUACUAAAAAUACCGGUAGAUACGCCAUGAUACAUACCGCACAGUUUAUAUUCCUGUAAACGUAGCUUUCAAUUUACCACAUAUGUUUCUAGCUAUAUGCACCACACAGGUAAAAAAAAAGAGUAAAAAAGAGAUUUUAAAAAAAAACGAAAAAAAAUAAGAUUACGAGAAAUUUGCUUCAAAGAGAUUCGAACCCGGACCCUCAGAAUCAGUUAGAACUAAAAGUUAACGCCUAUAUCCACUGAACCACCUCGGUGGAUGCUGUUAUAGCAAUAAUAAUAAUAAUAAUAAUAAUAAUAAUAAUAAUAAUAAUAAUAAUAAUAAUAAUAAUAAUAAUAAUAAUAAUAAUUUAAAAAAUAAUAAUAAUAAUAAUAAUAACUUUAUUCAUAGAUUCAAAAAAAUAGACUUUUUACAGAUUCAAGAAUAUGAAUAUUAAAAUAUAUACCUUAUGUACAUUCUUCUUGUGUACGAAAGAGAAUUGUCGUAAAAUGACUAUCUAAAAACUACUAAUAGCAAUUAUAAAAAGCAUCAAAAAGUUAAUACAAAAAUAAAACUAUCUAAAAAUAAUUCAAACUGAUAAAAAGUUACUAUUUAAAUUCUGGCUUGCGCACUUUCCGAUGUAAUGUCAAUGUCAGAUAUAUUGACUGCUCUUCUCUUUCUCCUGGUUCCUCUGAGACACAGCAAGGCUGAUCGUAGGAUGGCAAAGGAUACUUUCGCCCUUAUCCAAGAUAUGGUUGUAGCGUAGUCAUAAUAAUAAUAAUAAUAAUAAUAAUAAUAAUAAUAAUCCAUUUAUACAGCGCCCUUUCUACAAGAUCCAAAGGCGCUGUUUACAAAAAUUAGAUAAAACUAAAAAGUAAAAAUAAUCACAAGAAAUUGACAUUAACACUAGACGCUAACUACAAAAUAGAUAAAUGUACACAAUAGAUGAUAAUAAUAAUAAUAAUAAUAAUAAUAAUAAUAAAAAAUCAGCUAACAAAUAAAAACAUCACGAUUCAUAAGCUCGCAUAAAAAGAAAUGUUUUAAGUUUGCGCUUAAAAUCAUCAAUUGAGUUUGCAGAUUUAAUAUCCUCAGGGAAGUUAUUCCAAAGUUCCGGAGCAGCAACAGAAAAAGCUCGUUUACCAUACGAAUUGAGAUUAAAAUAGGGUUUAACUAAUAAAUUUCUAUUAGAGGAUCUAAGAUUGCCGCUGGGCGUAUACAAUUGAAGGAGUCCCUGUAUAUAGAUUGGAGCUCGAUCAUGUAGUACUUUGUAAGUAACUAACAUAAUUUUAAAUUCAAUACGAAAGGAGACAGGUAGCCAGUGAAGAUCCCUCAGGACUGGAGUAAUAUAGCAAAAUCUUGGACACUGGUUGACAAGGCGAGCGGCAGAAUUUUGAACAUGUUAAAGCUCAUUAUUAUUCAUUCUAAAUAUUUCUUAAUUCUGAUUUGCUAAAAGCACACGCAUAGUUCACCACAACCAGUUACUGAUGACCAAAUUUAGAACAAUUUUGUGUUUAACGAGGAAAUGACGUAAAAAAUGCAGGCUUCUACAGGUUAAUGAACAGUUAACUGAGAAGACCUUGGGACGAGGUUGAGUUGUUUUGGUUGUGAAAACAAAAUGGCCGACACUUCACUUGUUUCAAGAGUAAGAACUACAGCUCGAACUAGGCGAAGUAAUGGCUAAAAACAUGGCAAAAACAGCAAGAAAACAACUCGGAGGGCGACAUCUGCUAUUCGGAGAAUAUUUGCGGAGCUGGACAAACCUAAACGUACACUAUCGAAGAUGAACUUAACAUCGAUGGAUCGAUGGAGGUAAGCGUGUUUUAACUAUGUUUUUAAACUAGGAAUCGGAGGGUGUAUCCGCCUCGGCCGAUAACACCCUCCUCGAUCUCCAUAAUUCUUCUUUAGAUACGAAUGUCAGAUUCAUUAACUGUUCAAUAAAUCGAGUUUGAAACAAGUAUAUACUCCUUCUCUUUGGUGAUUGGCGGUUUUCAAGGAUGACUUUUUUUUUUUUUUAAAUUUCCGUGCAGAAUUAAAUCUUUAACUGAUCGAAGCUAGUCGUAAAGCUCACAAUCAACCCAUUAAUACCCUUUCAGGCUUGGUCCAUGCCGGGGAACGUUUAAGAAAUUUACGAACUAUCGAUCGCACAGCUACCGACUCUCCCUGCUCGUACGGUGUCUUUUCAUCUGUGGAGGAAAACAUUAAAACAACAUUGUUCAUCAUUAUUUCCAUUGUUUUGGUUAGGGUAGCAAACCAUUUGGCUUUUAGGGUUAGAAGAGCUGCUACAUGAUCUCUCUCCCCGGAAUGAAGAAGAACAAUAUGGCCGCCAAAUACACCCUUUUAGUUUUUAAAGUUCUCCUUUAUUAACAAACGUUGAACAUUUAUUUUGGCAAACAAACAGUUUUAAAGUUAAAAAAGGAUUUUACUAAAGUCUCAAGAGUUAAGGACUCCUUUUCGAUUUUAACUUGUAAUAUCGGUCAAGUUACGCAACUUGUUAACUUCUGGCUCAGUUUUCGCUUGCUUUUGCUUUGAAAAUGGAAUAAUAAUUACUCAGGGGUAAUACAGUGUAAAUAUUUGUAAAGAAAAACAACAAAAACUUGCCAAUUUAUGGCGAAAAAUGUACUUUAAAAACGAACUAAAAAAUUCAAAACGCUCUGAUAACAUGUCCCUCUUUUGGUAUUGAAAACAAUUAUCAGGUAGAGCAUUACUUUCCUGCAAAUUUUCUCUGCCGUGUGAUGAAACUUCAACUCUCUACAGCCCUCGGCCUAGUCUCCCGACUUUUAGCUCAUCUUCAUUGCCCCCCUUAAAUUUUAAAUGCCAGACGUAAACUGGUUAUUUUUAAAUGCUAUACACAAUGAAAACCUCAUAUAUGCUAUUUAUUUUAACCCAAUAAUAAAAUCUUGUCAGAGCAACAAAAACCCUAACUAGGCAAUGGUCACGUGACCGAUGACGUCAUCACCGUAUGCUAUCCUCUUGUUGUCUGACAAUCUUUAGGGUAUAAAUUUGUCAAUGUUAUAAAGCUUUAAAAAAAAAACUACCUCAAAAGAUGCUGGAAUAAUUUUUAUGAUAAUUAUAAUUUACUUUUAUAAUUAUUAUUAUCAGUAUUAGUAUUUAUUGUUAUUAUCAUCAUCACUAGUAUUAUUAUCUGCCACUCUUCAUUUUUACUGCUAUGCAUUGAAACAAAUUUCCAACAAAACAACAGCAACUGUUAUUUCAUAUCUUUUAAGGUAUCAGCCACCCUUCAGGACCGUCCGCGCGCGGAUCGCUGUAGCGUUAGUUGUUUUAAUAAAAAAAACCCCUAUAAACCAUAUAUUUUUUAAAAGCUUAAUAAUUCCAGAUUAUGGAUUUGAACUAACAAAAACGAUUUACUUAAAUGUGUUUCGAAAUUGGGACGCUUUGUGUAAAAGUACACGUCUCUAUAAAUCAUGUUCCACUCCCGCCGGAAAUAAACGGAAGAAAACAAUUAACACCGCAUUCGCUUCUCAACACGUUCCACUAAAAAACCGUGUCUCAGAUUUUUGACAAGUGCGUUUGUUUUUCUUUUAUUACCAACUGAAGUUGGGGAAGGUAAUUAGUCAACACUCCCUGUGGAGAAAAAGCUCUAGCUUUAAAACGAAAAGGAGUAUUAAAAUUCGCAGACACGGUUUUGUAGAAGAGAUAUAUGGCAUCACUCUGGCCAAAUUUUAGCCAAAUUGAUUGAAAGGCUGCCAACUUGGAGUUUAAAACGUACGAGUCGAUCGGCAAAAUUUGCGUUCGGGGAUAAAAUAGAAAAUACAUUUUUGGCGGCAUCCUACCUGGAAUGAGAUUAUAACACCUAAAUGUUUAUUCUGAUUGAUAUCAGAGAGGGAUCAAUUUUCUCUAACAAUAGGACUUUGACAGGUAACAUGUAACAGGAACAAACUUUUUAUUGCUAUCAACAUCUUCAAGUGAACAGUUUAAUUCUCCGUUGGAAAACUUCUACUCUUUUACACCACGAGAAGCACGGUUUAAUUCUUUCUCGAGCAAAAGUUUUGCCUCUCCUUCGAUCUUUUUUGUAUGAUUCGCCGAGGCGUUUUUGUUGACGGCGCCAGGCCAAGGAAACUAAAAACCUUUGAAGCCGCCGAAUGUCCACCACCGAUUGCUCGACGGCCAAAAACUGAGGCCCGGUAUAUUUCAAACGCUCUGCUCUUCUUGGAAGAAUUAAAAACAGAAUUUGUCUUGUGCGACGGACAGCUUUCAUUCUCGCACUGGAUUCUCCGGGUAGAACCAAGUCCAUGCUUAGUCACUACAUUUUCCAUGACUUGGACUCUUCCCUGGCAAAAUCAGCAAGAUACAGACUCGUCCAGUUUCUCAAGCAGCUUUUCGCUCGAUACGAUAGCUCGACCGCUUAUUGUUUUCCACGUUCCAUCAGCAGAUGGGGUCGAUGAGCUUAAUUGGCUUUCUUCAUCUGGGUCUUCAAGCUGGAUUUUGGAGCGGCUUGCACUCUCAGCAACUGCAGCGUUUUCGCUUUUCUGAAUAUCCAACUCCUCGAGCCACUUCUCUUGCUGAUAAAAUGAGCCUUUGUCGCUCUCUGCCAAUUUUGCGGCCCAUUCUUUGUCAAACUCGCUCUUCGAUUUCCUUUUCGCUCUGGGUUUCGAUGACGAAAACGGACACGAGCUUUUCUUUUUUUUUUUUUUUUGGCAGCAUUUUCACCGAAGCAAACGCUAAAUAUCCACCGAGAAUACUAAAGGCUAUAAACAACGCGAAGACAAUUCGUGCGUGUUGUGUCGAAGCACGCACUCGGUAUCACGUUACUAGUUCACAGGCAAGUUAAUUGACAUAUGACACGGGUAUGACAGAUCUUGUCAACGAUCAAUUAAGAUAGUUAACGAGAAAAAAUCUUUUACCCCCGAUAUCUUUCGACAGAAAUAAUAUUUUCUUCUGAUUUUUUUUUUUAAGAAAGCUCUCAAGUAUAUCUAUUUGAAAACGUUGAAAUCUCAAAUAUGGAAAAAUGGCAAUUUUAAGGGUGGCUGAUACCUUAAAGAAACCCGCUAUUACAAAAAAUAUAAACAAAAAGUAGAAUUCUACAGUCCUCUCCCUAGUUGUUGGAUGCUGUCCUCUUCUGUUUGCAAAGAAUGCUGAAUGAGAGAAUGCGUAAUCUCAUCCUUGUUAAAUUAGCUGCAUAUUCAAGAAUAUAAGCCAAGAAAACAUCGAGUAAAUAAUUGUCCAAUCUGCAUUAAUUUAAGCGACUACUCUAAGUGAAAAUUGUUUAAAAUAGUGCAUUGUCACUGAUCGCUUACUGAAUCCUAGCUGUUUGUUCACUUUUAAAAGGUUAGGUCACAAAUCUACAGUUUGGUUUUAUUUUUCUCUUUCAGAACGAGAAGAUACAAGGCUGCAUCCACCUGGCUUAGUUAUGCAUAAUCUUAAGAUUUUGGGCAGUGGUUACACCGGCAUCUAUGUUGGUGGUGGUCACAACCUGGAAAAUGUUGUCAUAGAGAGUUCCUCUAUAUGCCACUCAGCCGAAUUUGGCAUUAGGGUAGCGUCUUCGCGUAUUGCACUGUUGAAUGUUUCCAACUGUUCGAUAUUGGAAAACAGGUACGGCAUCUUCUUUGAUUCAUUGUCUGGCAGCAUCAGUAUAGAGGAUACUAAAAUAAGCAACUCGACCUCCCAUGCACUGCGUAUCAAUGCGCCUCGUUCAGGAAGUUCAACUUACUAUCUGACUAACAGUAGCUUAACCCAUUGUAAAGGACUAGGCAUUGUAAUCAAUAGCUACUAUGGAAAUUUAAGACUUGUUGUCACUGGAACUCUCUUUGGAUGGAACAACCAGCAAACAGUUUACUCAGUGUCGAAUGCAUAUUCGUUAAUAGCCACCUUCAGAAACAACACUUUUCUUGAGAAUACAGGCCCAGUGGUGUAUUUUGGGAGAGGGUCCGGCUGGCUCUCCGUCUUAAGACUGGAAAACAAUAUUUUCGAUAACAACACAGAGCCCUCAGUAGUCACAAUUUCUUCAAGCUAUUUAGAUAAAGUAACCAUACGAAAAAACGAAUUUUACAAUAACGAGUGUCACGGAAAGGGCAUAAUCUACUUAUCGAUACCCUCCACAAGAACAGAUUUGAUCAUUGAAGAUAAUGUUUUUGAAAGAAACACUGGAAGGACAAUCUGUGCAGAUGGAUCCAAUGUUUCCCCACUCCAAGUGGUAGCCAACGUUUUCAGGGAUAACAAUUGCUCAAACAAAGGAAUUUUGGAGAUAAGAAGAAUGGAAAGGGAUAUCACAAUUACUCACAACGUCUUCAACAACAACGAGGGUCAUUACAUGGUCCACCUUCAAAGUGUCCACUACAUACAGUAUGGAAUGAUAAUGAGAAAUUUGACUUUUGAUAACAAUUCAUUCAUUCAGAACAGGGAAGUGCCCUCGCGUGUCCUUCAUUGCGAGGUAAAUAUCUCAGGUCUCUUAGAAUAUAAGGCAAUCACGAUUAAUCAAAACAAGUUUAGUAGCAACGAAUUUUCAAAAGAACUUUGCGUAAACGUCCUUGCAUCUUCUCAGGCACGUGUCUUAGAUGCAUCCUUAAACUACUGGGGCUAUGAGAAUGUAUCUGAGAUCAGAGGGAGGAUAGAUGACGGAAGUACUAAUUACGAAAUGAUUUCAGUGCACUUCUCCUCAUUUAUAAACUCAAAGGGAAUUAUGGUAGAUUGCAACAAUCAAACAGGAGAGAAUAGUCCUGAGAGACCCUGGAGGAAGGACUUAGGUGGUUACAUCUCGACCCAUGAAAGACUUGAAAGUAAUUCCACCCUUUAUUUGGCUUCUUCUAAUAUUAUCAUUUUGUCAAAAGCAUCACUAACAAUUGCACCUGGCGUAGAGAUUCAGUUUCGCCCAGGUGUCAGCAUUGUGGUUUUUGGCUCACUGUUUGCUCUCGGUACAGCAGAACACCGAGUGAAAUUUACCGUCCUUAAAACAGCGAGAAAGCAAUUCCCAAUUCCAGUUCGUUUGAUUGGUGGAAAAUACCCUUGGGUAGGUCGCUUAGAGGUAGCACACAGUGGCACAUGGGCGCCAGCUGCAGUCUGUGUUAACCAUACUAGGUCGCGGAGACAGAAUGACGCUGCAGUUGUUUGCAGGCAGCUUGGUUACGAAUCACCAUGGUUACACACAUGGGUGGAAGACUCAUCCAACAACAGCGUAUGGCAUUUUAAUUUCAGUUGCUUUGGACGCGAAACAGACAUUAGUAAAUGUGCAAUUACCUUUGAGAAAAUCAAAUGUAAUCCUUCUUACCAUGUCAUGAUAGGCUGCAGAGGAGGCCUCCCAUGGGGCAAUGUACGAUUCAUGCGGGAUAGCACAAACUUAACCACCUCUGGUAUUUCAAUAUUGGAGCACCUGGACAUUGAGCACUGUGGAUAUAGAAGCGGACAACAUGCCCCAGCCGUCCAAGCUCUUCAUUAUGUUCCAAAGAUUAAUCAUGUACGUGUUGUGAAUUGCUCUUCAGGGGGCCUCAAAGUCUUAUAUCCUGAAAAAGAAUUCAAAGUGUCAAAAAGUUCCUUUGUUAACACUGGGGGAAAUGGAACAGAGAUUGUAGCCGCUAAAAGGGCUGUAACUUUUGAAAAUAUCAUCUCGAUCAAUAACGAAAACGGGGUAAUAUUUACCGACACAGACGCGAAAAACCUUGAAGGAUUUUAUGAUGGUCAAAUUUCGUUGUGCGCUAAAGAAACAGCUGUUAACUUAAUAAGAGAUGAAAUGUUUCUUUACUUUAAAGUGCCCUACAUAGAUGGUGCAAAUCCAUCGAUUAACUGUAAAAAGGUUAUCCAAACAGACAACCAUUACGUUUUAUCAUUCAAGUUGUUAGUUCAGCAAAGGAAUCAGUACUUGACGUUUUAUGACCCGGUGGGAAGGGCCGUCAUACACACCUACUACGGAGACCAGCGUCGACGCGUAGAGGAUAAACUCAUAUUGCCUUGGACUCGUGUAAGCGUUAUUCUGAGUGGUUCCUUUGAUGGUGAAGUACUUUUACAUGUGAGGAGGGUCAGAGCUGAGGGUAAGUAGUGAACUACAGAAAAGUAACAUGGGAAGGGAAAUGAAAUGAAAAUGAAACAAUAGCCGUAGUAGUGGUGGAAAGGCAACGCAGUACUGGUAGUAUUGGUAAUAGUGUUGGUAAGUAAUGGUAGUGGUGGCAGUGGUGAUAGUGAUGUUAUUUUUGUUAUUGGCGGAAGAGCAAAUACUGAUAUUUCUGGUAAAAAGCAGUGUUAGUAGUGAUGAUUGGGCAGUGGUAGUAGUGUUAGUAGAGGUAUUAGCUGUAAGAUUUAGUGCUAGGUUCAGUACAAAAAUGUAAUGGUGCAGGUAGUAGCUAGCGAUGGUAUCGAUCGGUGGCGGUGAUGGUUAUGUUGGUAAAUGUUGAAGUAUUGCUGGUGAUAGCUAUGGUAGUGAUCAUAGUAGUGUUGAAUUAAAACAUACCCUGUACCUAUAAUUAGCUGAUAAAUAAUGUCUUUUUUUUCUUUUCCUGGAUGUAGAUAUCCCCUGCACGUUCGAGCAAUAUGCAUGCAGCUGGCAAAACUACCCCACCUCGACUUUUCAGGGAAAUACCUUAAGUACCAACUGGCGUCUUGUCUAUUACAGCUAUAAUUACUAUGCAGGAGCUGACCAUACAUUUUCAAGUUCAUCUGGUAAGUGUAAAAACCCUAGUAGGGGUAGCCAAUCAGAAAGCAGGAUUCACUUCAUCUUGUCCGCUCGCGGAUUCUCCAUAAUUCUGCCAUAAAAUAAAUUAUAAAUUAUCGUUGCUGUUAUUGUUGUUUAUAAAUUACGUUUUGUUUUUUUAAGGCCGAUACAUGUACCAUGGUGGUCGUUACAACAGAAACGGUUACGCUGCUUUUAUGAGCCCGCCUAUCAUGAGGGAGAACAACACGUGUUUCUUAGUCUUUUAUUACAAGAUCGGGAGAAGCGGACUUGCAGCGCUCUCUGUGCUACUGGAAGAAAUCCACAAAAAUACUACCACAAAUGGAACGUAUAGUACACUGUUGUGGACCACGAAUCGAACGGUCACCAACUGGAAAAAGCAAACAAUAAGUCUUUCUCAGAUUAGCCAAAACUACUCGGUUAUCUUUCUGGGAUACUACAAGUCUAUUUCGUAUUGGCAAUACAGCUAUGUUGCAUUGGAUGAUGUACAGUUGAUAAGCUGCGAUUCACGUAAGGUUUCUUUUGUUCAUUUAAAGCUAUACUUAUUUAUUCUUUGGAAAAAAACUGGGAAGGGACCAUCAAAAUCAUAUCCGUUAUGAUGAUUUGAAUUUUAGAUUCCAAUUUCUGUUAAACCAUCAGACACACUCUUGAUUUCUUAAAGAUAAUUUCACCCUGCCAGGAAGCAUUUAUUUUGCUCCUUAGAAUUUGGGUUGCUCGAGAAAGACUCUGUAUGAAUCUUGUUAGAUCUUUACUGAGCAUGCGCUGCAUGUUGGCAGGAUACAGUUUCUAACUCAGGACUAAAAGCCUUCUUCUUGAUACAGCGGGCUGAUUUUUUACCAUCACUUUACCGACUAAUGGAUUCUGGCACUUAAAAAUCUAGUUUGAUGAGAGGAAAAGAAGAUUGACUAGUCCAGAAGUUUGGGCUGAGGCGACGUCAAAGGCUUGACACUAUUCAAGCACAGCCUUCUCUUCUCCUCACAAUCAAGAAGUAGACAAAAAAGGACUCUGCUCGCAGGGUGUGAUAAUUUAAGAAGACAUAUCAUAUACUUUCUUUUUGAGAAUUUCAGGGAAGUUGUAUUUAAUUAUCUUCUUUAAAUAAUUUUCUUCAUGUGUGUUCUUUUUACAGCACGUCGUUUCGUAAGAUAUCGUAUCUCUGACAGCACUGUCAGUGGUAAUCUCGGCCAAGGAAUUAGUUUCAAGUCAACUGAAACUAAAAACCACGUUUUCGAAAUAGAACGAUCCAAAAUAACAAAGAAUGGUUUACGGGCUACAGCUGGCAAAACAUCACUGGAAGGUAUUCAUCUCAACGCAACAAAUCAAGUGAUUACAAUUACCAACAGUUAUAUAGCUGAGAAUAAAAAUGGAGGCAUAUAUGCAGAAUUGCAGAAACAAGAUAUUCCGAUAGCCUUAUCUCACACCAACCACAUUCAUGGCAAUACCAUUGAACAUAACAGAGGCAAGGCAUUGUUCUUGAAAGGAACGACUGGGCAGCCUUCUGACGUUAAGCUGACGAAUAACUAUUUUUCUUUCAACUUGGGUUUCCAAGCAAAAGCGUCCGCACAAAGCGUUUGUAAGUUGUCCAAUCUUUCAGUCUUACUUCAAGCAAAUUUCUUAUAUAACAACAGUGGUCAAUAUAUCGUGGAAUUUGAUGGUACUCAAUCAAGCCUUAGUUUGGUCAAUAACACCUUGCUUAGAAACCGCGGAUUGGGAGACAACCAUGGAGUGACUUUCCUUUGUAAUGGAGCAGCUGAGAUGCAUGGCAACGUCUUACAAAAUCCUAACAACCGUUACCAGAUUAGUACAACACUUCAAGGGAUUCCUUUAACAGUCAAUGCCACUUUAAACUGGUGGGGAGAAAGUACUCUGAAUUUAGUCUCAUCUCUAAUAAUGGAUAAAACUACAGACUACAGAUUAUCUCUAACAGUCGUCUUCAGCCCAUUCCUACAUUUGCCGCCAAGGAAGUCUCUCUCAGGUAAGCACUCUUAUCUGAAGCUUGCACUAUAGUUGUUACUACCGUCUGCCAUCAACUGGUAGUGAGAAAGUACUCUUUAUUAGUAGUUUUACUACUAACUUUUACGAUAGUUGUGACACGCAAACCAUUCUAUUCUGUACUUGUAUGGAAGUAGCCUCUGCAUGUUAUUACAGUUUGUGCUGUUGUUGAAAACUGAACAACUUACAAACGAAGUAGAUAUGCGAUGCAAGAAAACCCUUUCGCCUCGUUUCCAUGCCAAGACCACUGAUAACUGUAUUGACAUGUACAUCUAUCGACCUAAUUUGUCUGCCUUGUUAAAAAAAUUAAUUAUAGUUGUUCACUAAAAAGGAAUUGUUCUUACACUUAUCUGUAAACAUAUUGCAAGCUUAGCAACAUAACGUUUUAUUUUUCUUCAGUCUCGUGUCCACCAGAAUGGAUGAUAGAAGGUGAACUUUGCUAUCUUUACAAGGGAGCGGCUUUUACAUAUAAAGAGGCUGACGAAUACUGUGAGGUAACAACGUCUGUAAUCAAUACAAGCAUCUUUGAUGUAUGGGCGCUGGGGAACUAUGGCGUCUUUCAAGAUGGCCGCUAAUGGGCCGCCAUUUUAAAAUUUCGCUUAGCUUAAAAUUAUACGUUUUUCAGUGCUGUUUGACAUAAAUAUGCAAUGAUUUAGCAUUUCGCUGCUUUUGCUGACCAUAAAUAUUUCGUUUUGUGUCUGUAUUUUACAGACCUAUGGUGGAUUUGUAAUCAAUAUGGCAUCAGUCGAGAAUAGACGACUAGUGCAGCGUUUAAGAGAGGAGGAGUCUUCGCUUACUUGGGAAAAACGAAUGCCUGCAUUGUGGACUACGAAGGCAUAUUCGGUAAAUCUGUCCAUUCCCUAAAUUAAAUCUAUUAAACCCGUCCAAGUUUGCUUUUCUUUUUGGAUUGACAUAUGGUACAUUGUAUCACGAUAUUAGAUUUUUUAUUAUGUAUCACUGUAUAUUACAAGGUUGGUUUCCUUGCCAUUAAUAAGAAAGGUUAGAUAAUAUUAAAAUUGAUGACAUUAAAGUUAACUGACAAACUUCGGGCUCAUCAGCAAUAAAAAUGGUCACAAAAUUUAAGUGGCGGACUCGUUUUUCCACAACACUUUGACAAUGUUGCAAUGCAAUUCUAUCAUCAAUAAGAGUUCAGACAGAUAAAAAUGAAAAUGAAAAUAACGAGUUAAAUCUGGCGUCAUUAUGUUGAUUUCAUAUUAGACCGCACAACUACUACCUCCAACUAGUGAAAGUAGGCUAAUAAUACUUUCUAAAUAUAUUUGCAGGUCAAGAGUGACAGAUGCUUUAUGGUAAAUAACACUGGAGGAAUUGAGGAAUCUGACUGCGAUAGACGUCAUCCGUUUGUUUGUACACGACGAUCAGGUAUUAUGGACAAACAAUGAAUGUACUCUUUUAGUUAUCAAAGUUUUUAACGUAUCAUGUCAUGAUAUGUACUCAAUACUUGACGAGUGGGUUUAAUAUCUGCUAACUUAAUAUUUUUAGACCGGGGGCACUAGCGGUAGAAUUUUUCUUACUGGAACUUAACAGUUAUUCACAUGCUCACAGUUGUUGAAGGCACAAGUGUAAUAACUGGACACAGGGGCACAAGUGUAAUAAGGGUCCCAUCUGUAAUAACAUUUUGAACCCAAGCGUAAUUAAGGUCCUAUCUGUAAUAACAUUUGGACCCAAGUGUAAUAAAUGACUGAGAUAGUGUGAGACAUAUCCACAACAGUCCAUGGUUAUUUUAACAUUCCAGGCUGACAUCUCGGGUCAUGUGACCAAUCGGAGCAAGACGGGAAAAAAUACCACAGAAUCUAACAAUGGCUCUCGGCUUACGUUUGAGCAAGAGCCAUAAUGGCACAGAGACGGAAACGCCCAGUUUAGCCCUUGGGAUAUGUGAAUUUCACCAAAGUUAUUUUUGGACCAAUUAAUCGCUUGAAUUAAUCGGAAAUUGGUUUCCCGAGAGGUCCGCAAACUUUUAUUCAGCGCUGUCACGAAAUAGUGGCUUCCCGCGUGGAGGUGCGUUUCAUCGACUAAAGUGAUUUUGUAAACAAAGCAAAUGUUUUUGUCUUGAAAGGUUGACUCAAUUGGGAGCUAGAUUCUACGAUUUCUACGAUGAUAUAUCAGUUUAUUAGGAGGAAUUGAAGUCGGCGGACAGCGAUCCUAAUCAUGAAAUUUAAUUUCGGUACUGAAACCUGGGCAGGAAGGAAAAAAAAAAACAGCAAAAUGCAAACAUGGAAGUGGGAAUAAUCGUCGCACAAAACAAUCAAAGCAGCCAAACGUCAAUUCCAGUGAAGCGGCGUCGACGCGCAAUUCGAACGAAAACGCUUAAAUGCAAGCAAAUCACGGCAGAAAUCAAAUCAGGAAAGCAGCAGAGGUGCUAACAACAAAAGGACUAGAAAGUAAACUUCGUCGCAUGUGUCAGAACUUCGUAUCAGAGCAGCACUAACAACUAGUCAUGAAAAAUUUGGAAACCAAUCGAAAGCUAAUGGGUAAUCGAAGAAAUACUCGAUGUUCAGAACAUUGUAUCUAAAACUUGUUUCUUCAGUUGCAGAGUACGCAAACAUAACCCGUCAAGUUCAUUUGACAUUCGAGGUUGUGGACCCAGCGUGUCAAAACAUUACACGAAACCAUCACAUUCGUGGACAAAAGAAAAUCGCUUUUAGUUAUUCAGAUCCAGGAGGCACUUUAAAGAAAAUUAAACAACCUAAAACCCUUAUGUGGAACAAGCGGCAAAAUUCACAUUUGUUAGAUCAAAACAUAGAACCCUUCAGAGCAUAAUCUACCUGCCAGAAGGAAAACACUUAUUGGAACAAGCAGCACCAUUUUAAGCAUUUUAGUUAAUUGUUUGACUUUCGUCUGUUUCUUUUCAUAAUUAAGCGGACGUCUUCUCACGGCUUUCUCACGAGGCAAACAGAAUUUGAGUCCUCUUCGGACGGUCAUCAUCGCUUAUCCUACGCUUGCGAGUAGGAACGCUAACUUCAAUUUCUUGGACUGAAAUGUGCUCAUCAGGCUCAUCUAAAAUAUUGAUGCCGAAAUCUAGACGCCUGUAAAUCGCACCCGAAAAGGUCAUGUUCAACAGUUUCCAUUACAAUAUUCUGUAUUGUUUGCUUUGAGGCAGUCACGCGUGGACUUGAUGAUGUUUCAAAUAAAUCGAUUAAAAUGAGCGGACGUCCCAGGAAUUAAACUUCCGUUUAAUUACAACCUCUAAAAAUAACUUGAGUAAAAUUCACAUAUCCCAGCCAACGCCCUAAUAUUUCCUCUCUGUCCCAUUAUGGCUCUUGGAUGGUUUGAGCAAAUUUAUACAUGUAACUGUCUAUGAAACUUUCUUUAAAAUAAAAAUCAUCGCUCCAGAACAAAUUAUUAUUUCAAAAAUGUCGAGCUAAACAGUUUUUAGCACAGUGGAAUCUUUUGGUAUUUUUUCUCCCCGACCUCUAUCCAGUAUUUCACUCACGGCUGAAUAUUAUUGAUAGGAUUUCACGACUGUCAGUACUUUGACUAAAACGGAGUACCUUUUCUGUUUCUUAUGUAUUCGUGAAAUGUAUUAAAGCAUAUGGCGUUGCUAAAUACAAAUUAACUGUCUUUAAAAAUUGAAAAUUUCCUGAAAUCGUUCAUAUCGAACGAAUAAACAUAACAUAAGAAUUUUAACGUUAUAACAACAAAAAUCACUUCCGUAAGAGUGUAGUAAAGCAAUACUGAGCACAAAGUUUCUUUAGUUAAUAAUUGUAAGUGAAAAUGGCCUUAUUUUCAAUGGUCAGUGCCGUUUAGUUUUUACUAGGCGUAAAAUCCAGUUUGACGGUGACGUAAAAGCCAUGAACAUAAAAUCAAAUGGUAGGGGUUGGUUUCCUCUUAUUGGCCAUAAUUUUUUGUUGGUAUAUUACCAGUUUGAGUGCAAAAGUGACUUUUAAAAAUACGGCCUUUAUUACCCUUGGGUCCAAAUGCUGGUACAGAUAGGACCUUUUAAUAUUAUGCUUGGGUUCAAAAGGUUAUUUCGAAUGGGACUUUUACUACGCUUGGGUCCAAAUGUUAUUAUUGAUGGGAUCUUUAUUACACUUGGGUCCAGUUAUUAUACUUGUGCCUUCUACACUCUAGGAAUCACGGAGGGAAAUAGUGUGGAACCCGGGACGAAAUAGGCUAGAUAUUAAUUCCACAAAAUGUUGACUUGUUAGUUGUUAAUACGGCUUCUAGUAAUUUCUAAUAAUUUGUGUCACUGAAUACAUUAUGAACUGAUUGUCAUAUUAAGGUCAUGUAUUAGCUGCUCGGAAAGAGAAGUCACCAAUGUUACCUAACCCUGACACCAAACAAUACUAAAACAAUUGCAGAAUGCCAUGCCAUUGUCUCCUGCGACCAAUUAGGAGAGACCUUACGAGCAGCUCCCACACUAUUCUUUUCAUAGUACUUUGUCUAUUGCUUUUUCUAUUGCUUGGGAUUUAGUACUACGAGAAUUGGUGUCCGAACCUACGAAUGACGUCAAUAGUGUACUUUAUAAAUUUUACCUUUCUCUUUUGGUAUCUCUUCCAGUAAUUAAUUGCCCAAAUGGCUGUUUUCACAAUGGUGACUGUGUUGGUUCCGUGUGUUUUUGUUAUCGUGGUUGGACUGGAGAGGAUUGCUCCAAGUUUCACUGCGAGGACUUGCAUGGCUGUUCAGGAAGUGGAGAAUGCGUAGGCCCCAAUGUUUGCUUGUGCUAUGCAGGCUUCAUGGUGGGUUUGGACACGGACAUGAAACUCAGUGAAUCUCCUAGUCAAAAACGUCAUUUUCUUCUUUUAGUUUCAGUAAAUCAUCAUGCCUAUCAUCAACGUUUCAAAACUCAGAGCGAAGAAUUAGGAAGGAAACGAGUAUUUCGUCUGAAUCCAGCUUAGACUUCAUCAGCGUUGUGAGGUGACAGGUUACGCAACAGAAAAAUUUCCAAUCCCCAAGAAAGGGUUAGCUAGGAUUGUAAAUUGGUGGUAGGUCCAGUCCCUCAUCCCUAUUCAGGGAGGGUUCCUUUGUUUAUGGCAAUGGCCUCCUUGACUCUGCGUUUUUCUUGAUGGUAUAUUUUCAAUGCUCUCGAGGGGAUUCGUAACUUUUCUGUUACCCAACCUGUCACCUCACAACCCUGAUGAAGUCUUAGUGAUUCGGAGAGGUAAUACUUGUUUCAUUUCUUAUUCUUUUGCUCUGAAUUUUAAAAUCUUCAUGAUUAUAAUUUAUAGUAACUAUCAUAACAACCAUUAUCUUCAUCACCAGUAUUAUUACAGUAAUUAUGGAUGAACAAGAACUAUCAUAAUGUGUUAUCUGCUGCUUUAUAUAACACAUCUUUUUUCCUGGGUUUUUAUACAGGGUAGAGGAUGCACUUAUUCGUAUUGUGGAAAGUAUGAGAGCUGCGCAGACUGCGUUCAAGAUCCAUUUUGCGGUUGGUGCGACAGUUCGCGCUCCUGUCUUGGAGGCUUUCCCAAAGGACCCCCCAAAAGAACCUGCCCUGAUUGGUUCUUUUAUCACUGUUAUACAGUUGGAGAUAACCGCCAUUGUUCUAAUAACAUUCAGGUAAAGAAAAAUAAAUGCCUUAUCUCCUCCACCAAGAAAUAUAACGAACAUUUUGAAAGCCACUCUAACGCCUCGAAAAGUCUACAGAUAAAAAAGGACUAAUUAUCAGAUUGACGUUCAGAAAGUCCAUCACUGAAUUAAAUCUCCACAGGAAUGGUACAAAGUUAAAAUUCAAUGUGUCUAAUCAUUUAAAUGUUGUCAACCAGUGCUUUGCGCACGAGUUAAGAAGCUUUUUAAGGGAAAUGGCAUUUUCCUAGGAAACUCUAAUCCGUUUUUGGCCUGGUGAUAAUUGAUAAUUGAUGUAGGGAUUUAGCAGCCAUGAAACACACGUUUACCUCGAAAAGAGUAAACGUCUCAUGGAAUGACCGUCGUCAUCCUAACCUGGGAGGCGUCAGUUCGAUUCCGGUCCGAGACAACAUGUCUUCCUUUCGGAUGAGGUGUGUGUCGAAAGUCGUCAUAUGCCAUGUGUUGUGGUAAAACGUUUGUUAUAUUUUCAGUAGGACUUUCCUGACUUCGAAAUAAAGAGAGAUGUAUAUUGUCCUAAUCCCGUGUAAGGAUUUAGAAGCCAUGAAACGCACGUUUACCUCGAAAAGAAUAAAAGUCUCAUGGAAUGACCGUCGUCGUACUAACCUGGGAGGCGUCGGUUCGAUUCCGGCCCGAGACAACCUGUUUUUCUUUUCGGAUGAGGCGUGUGUCGAAAGUCAUAUGCCAUGUGUUGUGGUAAAAUGUUUGUUGGAUAAUUGACCUUUUAUUGAUCUUUAUUGGUAUAUUGUAAGGAGGGAGCAAUGUUCUAAAGUCUGCUAUGCUGGCAUUUUCGAUUAUUUGACCCUUUUAUCGCAUAGGUUUUAUUUUUGGGAAAGGUUUUCUGCAAUUUCACGUUCAGCAUUGAACUAAUAUGAUGGUGCUGUCCCGAAACGUUGACAAAUGUUCGUUUCACAGAUACUUGUGUACACUCAAAAAAUUCUUUGUUUCGUUUGAUGAUUGAAGACUCACUAUACAGUUUGAAGGGAAAAAAGAACUUUCCAUAUCUAUUAAAACAUUUUCAGCUCAUGGACUGUAAAGGAAAAUAUUGCAACUAUGAUGAUGAUGGAGGAAACACUGAGUCCUGUCAAAAGUGCACAGAUGUCGAAAAAUGUUACAAAAUUCCGGUAAGAUAAAAAUACCACUCUCAUAAAACUAGGGUAAGUUCUUUACCCUAGAACAUUAGGUUGGCAUUAAUAAUUCUCAGCAUUUAACACGUUAGAUUGGAUAGACAGUGCGCAAUAGAAGAUAAACUUUAGGGCUUGCUCCAUUUAUGAUCAUGAACAGAUCCUAAUGCACCGAAGCAUAUUGAUCUAAAAAGCCCUUUUUUGGCCCUAGCCUUUAGUUGAUAUUUAGCUAACGCAGUACCAUUUUUUUUAAGUAAAAUCUGAUCUAGACAAAUUCAAAAGUAAGAAAUUUUUGCGAAAUGUCUUUCUUUUACUUAUUGUAGAUACAAGGAAAUUGCCGGGCAUGGAAUGAAACUCGAUGUCCUGAUGGUAAAGUGCUGGUGGACUACAAUGAUCCUCAAAGAAUAAAAAACGUGCAACUUGCUAAGAACGUUAAAAUAGUAGAGCCAAACGAAACUAUCAUAUAUGCCUGUCCAAUGACAUGGGAUGUAGAAGAGGACCCUUCCCUAAUCUUUGUUGCCCCCAAAGCUCUGGAUGUAAAGGCAGGUGACAUACUCAGCAGUCCCCAAGCGGGUGGAAUCAUGCACAAAAUUGUCAAUGCGGUGAAUGAUGGUACGCAACGACUUUUUAUUGAUUUGUAGUUGUAAGGUAAAUUAAUUUAGUGUCAACGAAAACUGUCCAGCUCCUUUACUUCUUUCACAUGAGAGUCAGUGUUUUUAGUGCAGUAAAACCUUUACUGCUACUAUUGUAGAAAGUUUUGUUGUGGGUGUCGAGCCCGUCAACUAUCCGCAUUCCCACGCCGUUUCACAUUAUGAUGAUCUCUGAGCUGGACGCCCCAACCUUUCGACCUUCGAGCACGUUCGACCAUACACUUGGUAGUAAAGAAAACACUGCAUAAAUGAAAUAUCAAAUUUUAAGAACCUUUGGAUUGAAACUUGGUCAAAUAAGCAUCGAUCACACAUACAAGGACACAUCUCUUUUGUUCCUCCUUGCCGUUUCAGUCUACUGCGAAAGAAAGAACUGCAUUGUUCUUGUGGGUGUUUACCGUUACAUUCAGAUCAUUUUAUUUUUUUUAUUUCAGGACCUUUUAAAGUAUUGCUCAGCUCUCCGGCAGGACUAGAGGAAGUAAUUGAUUACGCAGACUUCAAGGAAGAGCUUUCACUGCUGUCUUUAGACGAUGAAUUGACUCUGGAAGACGAACCAGAUGAGCAGGACUUGCAUGAGCUUGUGUCCGGCAACCUUACUUUUAAUGGCAGCAGACUUAUAAUUCUUCCAUCUGGUUAGAACAGACUUUCCUAUGUUAGUUUUUUUUUUCCAUGACGUUCGAGGGUACAUCUUUCUUAUAGUGAGACCUUUUCCGGCCAAGAGCGUCCAUACACCUUACAUUACAGCUUGGGUUAUAUCAAUCAACCUUCAGGUUAUUUACAGAGUUAUCAUUUAAGCCAGAAAGUCAACCUUUGCACAGUAGUAAUGAUGGAAGACAAUGAUUAGAGAGGUUUUUUUAAUCAAUAUGAGUUUAACUGCCAGACCAUGUUACGCAAUAGAAUUUUCCAGACAUCUACACCUAAUUUUUGUUUCCAGUUUACGAUAUUUUGCUAUUAAUAUAUCACUGUCAAGGGUUUUCCGUAUGUGAAAAACAUUUCAAGCUCCCAUUUUGAUAUUCUGCGCGUUAAAAACUCACAAACCUAUGAGUUUUUUUUAACGUAUCUGAUAGCACCGCUCACAUAGAAGUAUUUUCCACGCGAGCUAUUUUACGGAAAGUUUGGGCAGCUUUUUACGCCUCUAGGGGGGUAUUUGAACUAAAACUGUAACGGCCCCGUCAACAGUUUGACCAUGGCACCACAGUUUUUGAUUGCCGACCAUGUCUGACCAUGAUCGGCAAUGGUCGGCAAUGGUGUGACCGUGGUGUGUGACCAUGGUCUUUUGUCAGCUCUCGACCAUGGUACAUUGCCAACCAUGGUUACCAAAUACAUUAUUGUUUUUCAUUAAAUCAGUAACAGCAAAAUAACACAAUAGUUAUAUUUGUGUGAUUAACUUAAAGUUUUCGAUAAAAUUUCUGCUUUGUUUUAAUUUUUGUCGAGGUAAAUUUUGAAAUGAAUCAAGACCACGAAAAACCAUGUUCGACCAUCUCCAGUCCUUUGUCUGACUCAAUAAUGCAAAUCAGUUCUUGUUGAUAAUAUUUCCUAAAUUAUUUGGAAGACACAGGCAAAAAAAGAAUGCAAAGUUGUAACACUUUAAAGACCAUGGUAUGUCACGUUCGACCAUUUUUAAUGUGGAUCUGGGAACUGAAAAAAACCUAAACCUGAAACCUGAUGCCAAUUUUAUUUUUAUGUGUGUGUAAGUGUCUGUUAACGUCUUCUGUUUAAUUUGAUAACAAUAUUUGUUCUUUUUGUAGGAUCAACAGCUUACAAAUGCCUCGGACACACGUACAACGUGGAUAACUUAACCGUUCACUCUUAUUACCUUGUGUUGGAUAAGCUACCUGCUUCUCCUAAUAUUGGCGACAUUAUAGUUGCUAAUGAAAGCAGUGGUUUUAUUGAAACAGUUAUGGGAACGUUUAAAACUGAUGAAGCGCAGUAUCUGGAAACGAGGCUACUGCGAUGUACAGACAAUUUUCCAUUAAACAAAACAAGGUACGAAUUUGAACAGAAAAUUUGUACUGUAAACAGCACUGGCUUUACUGAUAUAUAAUAUGCACAAUGAAACAAGAAAGAGGCUUAAGUGGACAGUUUUAUACAAAUCUCUGUGUCUUGUUACCCCAGGCCUACUUCCAAAAAAAAUGUGGCGACGAACAACUUAAACUAACCCCUUUUUUUUUGUAAAUUUAUCAGCCUAGAGCAGAGUCAACAACAUUUUGAAAAGGUGUCAUCUUGUAGUGGCGGAGACAACAACCCAGGCCUUUUAGUUUUGCCAAUCGAGCAGGAAGAGCAUCAGUUUACUGUCAAUGACCCCAUUAUUGGCAGGCCAAGUCAAGGACUCAUUGCAAAGGUGCAUACCUGAACUUAAAGCUUACGAACUACACCCCCCUGCCCCUGGGGGGGAGGUACUGCUCAAAGCAUUCAAAAAAGGUACAUUCGACUCCCGAUAACUCGAACAUUCAAGGGAAAUCGAAAAAAGUUCGAACAGUUUUUGUAAUGCACAGUGAACAUUUUAAUCACAUUUAAUUGUAGAGAUGUCACGUGAAAAUUAAAAAAUACUUCUCGAUUGAAUCAGAACGAAACGUAACAAAACAUAGCCUAAAUAGAGCAUGCGUUUUACUGUUCUGAGAAGCAAAGCUGUUUCACGUUAGAUUUGUGACAAACAACAUCAGUCUUUACUAGUAAACUAUACUACUACAACAUGUCAGUGGGAAAUUCAAAAUUCAAUGUUUUGACGCUAGUAGACUGUUUUUUCCCCUGACUUUCUAGUGGCUCAAAACAUGGUUCGAGUUAUCGAGGGUAAAAUUAUCUAGAAAUGGUCUGAGAGGAAACAAAACCUACUUCGAGUUAGAGGGAGGUUCGAGUUAUCGAGGGUUCGAGUUACCAAGGUAAAAUUAAAGUAAAUGGUGAAGUCGAUUUUGGUUCGAGUUAGCGCGAGGUUCGAGUUAGCUAGGGUUCGAGUUAUCGGGAGUCAACUGUAUAAUCAACACAACAAAUAAAAAAGAAGGGCACUAAGCAAUUACUUUAUAUUUGCCAUUCACAAGUAAUUUCUCAAGUCCAUGGCGAAUAAGGAAGCGUAAUUGGCAGUAUUGACAAAAUGAACUAGGCAGCCGUGUCACAACUCCUUUAAUAGCUUGUUACCUUGUUAACGAAAACAAUACCAUCAUGGAUACCAAGAAGAAAAACAUGGUGAACAGUAAUUUGACACCUUUAGUUCAGCGUGUUUAUUUACACUCUGAGGAACUCUCGAUCACCACUACAAAAAUUUACCGUCAUGGGCUUCUGCAGCUUGUGGUUAUGUGAUAUUUCCCUUCCCUUGUGAUCAAAAUGAUACCCUCACUUACUUAUUGAUUAAGCUACUUAGAAAUCCUCGGUGUUAUUUGCUGUUUAGCUAAGUGUUCCAAGGGGUAGGAUGUUAGACAUUAGAAAACAAUUAUGGUGUUAAAGAAGUCUACCAAAAUAAGAAUAUAAUACCUAUCCUCACCAUUUCUACAGGUUGUGAAAGUGAAUUCCUACAAAGAUUCGCUUCUUAUCGAGGUGAUUCCCGCAAAAAUGGAUGUCAAUCAGACUGUCAGUACGGCCGUAUCGGUUAGUAAAUUGAAACACCAACACAGACGGUCUCGGCGUUCCGUAGAGAAAGAAAGUAACCCGGGUUUUGAUUUUGAUGUCGUCCAUAUUUCGGAAGACACUGGACGCUUUAAGGUAAUAACUUUAAAAUGUUUUGAUGAUCAUGUGCAUUUCGAGAUUUAGCCCUUUUUAGGGUUGUUAUUUCUAUAAAUUUCUUUUUCUUUUUUCUGGGGGGUUCCCAAGCGCGUCCCAAGAAUGCCAUCCAGGUCUAGAGAGGUUACGUACCUUACAUAGUCGUCGUUAAAAAUAAGAUUUUCUUUGUGAGUUAAUUUACAGGUCAUUUUUGGUAUUUAAAUAUCAUAAAAAGUGUUGGGUCAUACCUGCGCUGUAUGGAUGCAUGCUCAAUACACUUAAAGAAUUGUAAAAAUGUGUUUUUUAGAACAUUCAUGGCUUACAGUCCAUCGUUUCAAGCAAGUUGUUGGUAAAAUAAGCAGGAGCUCCGCUUUAAGGCUUGGCUUAUUCCACAGAUGUGGACAGUUUUUCUCAAAGACAUAUUCCCUCUCGCAGCAACAGCCAUAUCAAUCAAUACAGCACGACUGGAUUUGCAGUAUAUUCCUCUUUUCAUUUCACGUUCAGUGUUAGUAUAAGCAGCAAGAGCUCCCUUAAAGCUUGGCCAAAUAUUUACAUUAUUCGGAUAACUUUUACAACUGCUUUUACAGACUAUUUUCUUCCAAGGCAACUAUAAUUUCCUUGAGAAUUCUAGUUGUUUCACUUUAUCAGGACAUUAUAUCAUUGUCGUUAUAUUAUCUGUAUUAUUCAACCACUAUAGUUGGUAUGUAUAGUAACACUUAUUGGUAAUUCGACUUUUAACAGAUGAUAUCAAAGGCAGGCUCCACAGUCAAAGGUCGCAUUUCCGCGUCCCUGAAAGUGAAAGUUUCUAUUGGUAUCGAGAAAACGUUCCUUUCUUUGAAAGUAAAGGACGCUUAUGUCGGUCUUGACGUAACAGGUACAAUAAAUGCCGAAGUAGAAAUCAGAGUGGUUGCUGGGCUGAGGUUGGUGUAAAUUAAUAUCUGAUAUAUAAAAUACGACCAGCAGGGAAAACAAUUCGGAUCAUUAUUCGUUUCUUGGCCCACCUAUCCCUCCCCUAUGCCACCAUUUUGUCCUAAUUGAGAAGUUAAUGUUAAUGUCUGCUUAGGGAAGGGGUAGGUGGGCAGUUUCCCAACAAUGUAUAAUGAUUCGAUCAGAUAUUUUCCAAAAAUUCAAUAAAAGUUUGCUGUUUUAGAGAAAAUUUAGGACCGUGACUAUCAUGGCUGUGAUUUUGAAUGACGUCACAAGCCUCCGUUUCCGCAAUUCUUUCUUGUAAUGUACAGCUUGCAAUGUAAAAAAAUACGAUAAACAGCAUGUCGCGAACUUGGGACAGCGAAAAAGUACCCGACAGGAUUCGGGGGUGGUCCUCUAUCCACCGUGCUGCGGCUUCGUGGUGGGCACCGUACCCUUUAGCGUUUCUCCGUAGCUCAGCCGCUGGAAAUUAAAUUAAAACGUCCCUCCGUACACCAGUCCGCCCCCUUGUGUUAGUGGAUGUGAAAUGUCACCCUUACUAGCUUGGUGUCCAAGGCCUACACAAUCUGUUUUUAACUUGAUAGUGGACAACUAUGUUAUGGUCAAUUGACAGCUGUCUGUAGUAACACGAGACGAAAAUGUCACUUCCGGUAUACUACACUGUCAAAAAGGAAUAUCCGCUAACAAGUGCUACAUGACUGAAUAACGGGCUCAAGUGUACAACUCAGUGAAGCGUCAUGUUUUUAAAGUUAUCCGCUUACCAGUUGUUGGUUUUAAUUGAUUGCAGGCUCAGGUUCAUUUUCUUUUCAGGGCCGGAAUUCAGUUUACUUCCUGCUUACGACAAAAGUUGAACUACUUAAAAAAAAUACUUCUUUUAAGAUCCCAUGACAGCUACGCUUUUAGCAUUGGCUAAAUCUAUAAAUCAAAUAAUUAAGGAAGAUAGCGAUUAUUUUUACAUUAUCGUGUCAAUCUGCAUGAUCUAGUCAGAGAAAAUUGGGAGUAGCGUCUGUUUCGUUUUCAUCCAGAAUCCUCAUCCAGCCUUCCUCUGUUCUAUAGCUACCAAGGAGAGGUAAUUCCACUGAAACGCAAGCAGCUUGGUAGAACGCUGUACAUUCGUAUGGGUUACAUACCGCUUCCCAUCGGAAUAUUUGCAGAGUUAAAAGGAACGGCUGAUAUCGAUGUCGGGGUAAGUACAUGCGUCAACUUGUUUGAUUCCCACACUAUAAUUAAUUUAACAGAGCUUAAACGCACCAGCUGUAAAACUUGCUUGUUUUCUGGCUGAUAACUGUAGAAUUUCGAGAGUCUGUACCCUCUUCUUGGUAAAUGGGUAACGUAACAACGCACAGGCCCAUGUUACCGUAGCGAAACCUGAUUCCCAUUAGCAAAAAUAAUAACACUCCUUAACAAAAAUCACUCCAAGGUGAAACCUCAGUAGCAGUAUUUUGCCGAUAUCCAUUCAUACACCUGGGCGAUUGGGCGCAAAGUGGAUCAAAGGUCUUUGUUUAUGGAAAAUAGCGACGGCUAUGACUGAACUCGGACCUAAGCCACUACCACGCCUGCAGAACGUCUAAUUGGGAAGAUCUAUAGAGCUUAGUGUUCUUUUUCAGGGAAGACUGCGUCAUACUAUUCAGAGUGUUGCCAGGGUACCCUUUGGAGGAGAAUGUCGCUUAAGCAGUGGAUGCAAGUCCACGGAAAAAUCAGUAAGUGUAAUUUAUAAAGCUUUGUAGGCCAAAGCAUAUGCGACGUGGAUGUAACCAACUACAAAAAAGCAUAUUCCCUUACUUGACUAGUUAAUGAUUUGAUUUACUAUGCACACGAGCGGAUUCCAAAUUUUGACUUGUCUCACCUCGCAAAAAAUUAUUUAUCAAAUUUAUACCAGUCAGUAAAAGUGGCAAAAUAAAUUAUAUAAAGGGAGUAAAAAUAUGAACUUUUACAGCUUAAAGCCUUCAUAAAAAUUGAAAACUAUAGCCUGUUUCAGGUGUUCUGACCGAGCAGAGAGCGUGGGCGAAAAAUUGACGCGGAAAAAUAAAAACGAAGGUCUGAAUUCCACGCUCUACUAUCUGAACGCCUGGAACAGGCUAACUUAAAACAACAGUCAUUGUGGUUCUCACAGUUUUUCAGUCUUUUUCGAACUGGCAGAUGACGUCACAAAUUCGCCAUUGUUUAUUGUAUUGCGGCGAGCCAUCUUGACUUUUGAGUUUGCAGGAAGUUAAAAUUGUCAACUAACGAUUAAUUCAAGCGGGAAGACCUCAACCUCAAAAAUAUGUCUAAAAUAAGCUUUGUAUAACUUCAGUUUUAAAAUUAUCUUUAAAACAAGUUCAUAUGGAGGGAUAUAGUAAAACCCCGCGACUAAGAACUUGGAUUUUAAGAACCUGGCUAAAAUUUGACAGUUAAUUGACCUCUGUAUAAGAACCUGUUUUGCCUAAAUUUGAAACAGGGUCUUAUUUUCUAAAAUCUAUGAGAAAAAUUCUGUACACCUGGGCAAAUAAGAUACGUCAACGUUCAGAAUCCUUUUUGGAGACAUAAGUGCCUAAAUACAUGAGUUAAAUGCUAAGAUUGCAAGGUAAUUCUUUAAGAGUUAAAUCAACUUUUAGAACUGAUUGUAAUAGGACAAUGAAUUACAGUAAAUGUAUGUUAUGUUCCGAAUUAGGAAUUAAAAAUAGUUAUGAAGUCAAUGCUUUAGAUUUUUCUUAUCAUGGUCAUUUUUACAUGUUAACUUCGAAUUUGGCAUGCAGAUUUUAUAUGACGAGUAAUCUGAACCACUAAAUACUCUUAUACUGUACAUGUAUUUUUUUUUUCUUCAGAAAAUAUGAACCUAUUUAAGCACCUAAAUAGCCUAAACUUGUGCUAACUACCAUUUAUAUAAGAACCUGUUUGGGCUAAAUUGGAAAACUCCAGGUUCUUAUUCGUGGACUGGUUUUACUGUAUACAAUUAAUUAUGAAGGAGGUCAGCAAAUGUAGCAAAUUGUUUCUUGAUGAACUUCAAGAAAUGUCCUUUUUGGCCAAAUAAGCCGAAGUAGUACUAGUGUAUUUAAAACACGGGCACUUUUCAUAUCUAUUUCCUAUCUAUUUUACAGGUUUCGUUUUCCUCAGACUGGACAGAGUUGGAGACCGAAAUAUCCGCCCAAGCAAAAAUUGAAUUUACUUUAACACCAAAGUUGUCAAUAAAACUUCCUACAGCACCUCGAUGGAUUGGUAGACUGAUGAAAACGUCCCUAUUCAGUCCACUUAAAAAAUUUUUCAGUAAAGGUACUUACAGAAUAAAAAGAAAACUUGGCUGGUCAGGUGUUGCAAACUGAAGCGAAACUAUGGUCGUAAUUGAUAGAUAAUUUUAUUGCAAGUGACAAACAUUUCCGUUUCUUUCUUUUCUUUUUAUUCUGCAGUGGGAAAAAAUGGGAAAUACGUUGAUUUUUCAGUAUCAAUUUACGUCAGUGCAACGCUUCAAGCGAGUGCCUCAUUGAGUUACCCAUCAAACUCCUGCCCAGGCUCCAACCCAGCAGAGCUAGGAGGUUCAUAUGGAUUGGCUGACGUGAAUGUUGGAACGACCAUUGUUCUUGUGGGAAAGGAUUUUGAUCUUCCGUUUAGCUUGGGAUAUUCCAAGAUGUUACCGCUCAGGUAGCUCUUAAACAAAAAAAGUUCUUUAAAAGUAGCCAAAAAACAGCAAUGGAGCUCAAGGAAUUCAUUUUUUUUUUUUUAACGAAAAAAACACACAUUCUCCAGGGGCACCCAACUACGACUUUAUGUCUGUAAAAUAACUGCUCUUAGGGGCAAAUAUUGCUUUGAAAUACGAUUAUCGUUAAAAAGAGGUCUCCUGUGAAAAACAUUUAAGACACUUCGGAAGUAUUUGGAAUUAUUUGGUCUUUGCGUGCCCCCACAGGGCACUUAAGACAUGACUAUCUCAUUAAAUAUGCAUAUUUUGAUAAAAUGCUAUUUAGAACGCUUUGCUUCUAACAUAUGAUCCUUAAAAAAUGGAACUACAGUAUGAUGUAGUUUACUGGCCUUGGCAAUAUGAGACGUUUUAGAGACCCAGGUUUUGGUCACGUGACUGAUAAUUGAGAAUUAACGGUCAAAAUAUUUACUCUAAAAAGGGGGGGGGAGGAUAGUGAAAGAGCAACAAGUUCUUUUUGGUACAAUUUAGAGGUUAUUAAAAAGGUUCUGAGAAAGACGCCUUGUAUGUGUUCUAACGUUAUAUACGAAUCGGUAAAUAAAGGGAAAAGGGUCACGUGACUUAUUAAUUAGUUAAAUAGCUAAUAGGAUAAAUGACAUUUCCAAUAAUACAAGGCAGAUUUACUAUUUGAACUGUUUAUGUGACGUUUCGGCUGUGAAAAUUCCUAAGAUUAAGGUUUGCAACCCUUCACCGGUUUGGAAAACGUGCUUUGUGACCUCAUUGACGAAGCAAUGCCACAUGUUAUUUAAAAGCACGUUUCACGUGUGUUUUUUUCGUUGAGCCAUAUUUAUAGUUUACUUUUCAGGGGCACUGAUGGAAGCAAACCGUUCUAAAUGCCAGUUAACAAAAUAUGCAUAUUCAUUUUGGUAGUCAUGCCUUAAGUGGUCUGAGCCUGAAAAAAGUACCCAAAUAGUAAAAAAUGUAAUGUAAAUAUGUGUAAUGAGGCAUUUGGUAUAUGUUUAAAUAGAGUUCUCUUUUGUUCCUGAACUGUUAUCAUCGUUUUUACCCUUUCAGCUUGUGUAUCUGUCCAGUUCCUCGAAAUAAGGUAAGACCGACAAAACUUAGGUGUCAGGUAGCACCAAGAAUUUUUUCUCGGCCAUUUAAUUAUAGCGGAGCUCUCGCGCGCAAAUCGCGCCAGCGGAGCACCAUGGGUAAGUAAAUCUACCCUCCACAUUAAUAUUAAGAUCAUUUGACAGCUCUCAAAAUAAGGCAUCCGCUGACCAGUAUCACCUGACCUUAUCGCGGGCUUAGGUGACUACCCAUCCCGGUCGAAUAUUUUUUGAAGUUAUCCGCUGACAAGUUACUAAGUCUUCAAAUGAUCACAGGCUCAAGUUAAUUUUUUUAAAAAUGCAUAUGACAUAUGUUGUGUUUAUUUCACUAUGGCCCAGCACUAAAACAUUUACUUCUUGAAGAAAUUCAUCAGGCUAGUGAAGUUAUUUAAAGCUUCUGAAACCUUUGACGAUAAAGAUGGCUGACAGUCAUCGAACCUGUCAGCAUCAUUAAGACUUUUCUUGGUUAUGUUUUGAGAACAUUUAAAUAGACUAUUAACAUUUAGAUUUCAAACUGACCUCGGACGCGAAAAUUCAGCCAGUUAUUUAAAAAUACAAGCAGGGAAGACAGAUGUUUUUCAACCAUAGUCACGCGCUGGUCACGCUUUACGUCUAGUUAUUAUGCUCUGAUUGGUCAAAAUUUGACAGGUGAAUCCAUGCGGAAAAUUUAUGCAGCAUCUUGAAACUUGUUUACUUUGACAGCUGAAUCUGACAGAGUUUUCUGUCAACUUGUGAUGUUUUUAACUGUCUUUUUAUUGGAUGUACAAAAUGAAAUACAGCUGCCAUAAAGAGUCUGUUAUUCAUGGUUGGUUUGUUUAUUGAAUUUUUGGUUGAGGAAUGUGCCUCCUGUCAAAGUCGGAAAUCCGAUUUCGGAUGGCAUCGUUUUUGUUUUUCAUCUUGCUAGAUGCUUAACCCUAUUUAGACUGGGGGGGCUUUUCGAACCCCCCCUCCGGCAAGAUCGUGAUAACUCCUACACCGAAAGAGCUAUGACGUUCAAAUUUUCUGACUUUUCCUAAAAUUUAUCUAGGAACAUUUUAUAAUAAUUACCAUGUCCAUGUGAUUAAUCAUGUUGCCAUGGCAAUCAGUUUCUGACACAUAGGUUUUGGAAAAUUUAAAAAAUGGUGAUUUUUUUGUUUUAAGAUCGCGUUUUUACACUUAUGGUGCUUUUUGUUGUUAAAAUGGUCUUUGCUUGGGACUAGUUUUUGAAUUACAUCAAAAUGUUUCAACAUCGAAUAUUUGGGAGGGAGGGUGGAGUAAAAUUUGUCACUUUUUUGCUUUGACAAAUAUGCUGCUCUAUUUUCCAAAUAACACUUCCAAAGUCAUUUGUUUGGGUAAUAAACAUUAGUUUGAUACUUCUUUUAUACAUUCUGAGCUUUUUUCCCUUUGAAAGUUGCUUUAAGUUAUAAUUUUAACAAAAAAACGGAAAUCCAAGAUGGCGGAUCCAAGAUGGCGGAUCCAAGAUGGCGGACAACCAUUUCAAAUUUUAAAUUUUAUUGCUUCCUAUUGCUUUUUCUCGCUGUACAAGUGUUUCCUUGUUACUAGUUCAUAAGAAAGGAUAACAAAGAGAUGACUUUACCAAUAUUAUUGAUAUUUUACGUAUCUAAGUGGAAAAAUAAUAAGAGACAUUGAAAAAUUGGAACAUGACGUCACUGUGACGUCAUCAUUGGGCGUGGCAAGUCAAAACUGGGUGUGGGGCUUCUUUGUACGGAGAUGAUCAUUGUGUGUAAAUUUCAUGACCCUAGCAUUAUUGGUUCCAGAGAUACAGAGGGGGGCCGAGGAGCCCCCAGUCACAGAUUGACCAAAAAAGCCCAGUCUGAAUAGGGUUAAGAGUGUUAAAAAGUCUCAAGCGAUUCUGGCCUUACUUGAUAACUUUCAGGAGCUGCAUCUCGAAUGGUAAGCCUGAGUAAUCAUUGUAUUUAUACCUAAUUACAUGAAGUCGAGCGCAGUUUAUAAGGCUAGUCUAGGCACACUAGUAGACACACUAGUAGUAGGCCAACGUGUGAGAAAUUACAGUGACUGUUUGUAUGAGAAUCUAAUGUCGAAUAAUUUCCGUAAAAACGGCUGUUCUGAAAAUAAUAUCAAUUGUAAACUAAAGCUACAAAGCAAAGGAUUGUCCUAAAAAAAUUUGGGAGCGUACCUGUGCUUAAAUUUCUAUAGAGGCUUGCUUUAGAUUUUCCAUAUAUUUGUCUGUAAUUUUGCCGGGACUUUCUUACAGACAAAUAUAUAAAAAAAUUUAAAAAGUGGUUCAAGGUCUUCUAGUGCAUGUAACGCUUUCAAAUUUUUUCAGGAGAAUCCUUAGGAGUGAAGCUUUAGUUUACAAAUCAUAUUUUUUCAGAACAGCCGUUCUACGGAAAUUAUUCGACAUUAGAUUCUCAUACAAUCACUGUAAUUUCUCACGCGUUUGCCUACUCGUCAAGAUGGCGUCGAAAACCGUGACAAGGUCUAUUACUUGAGGCACUGAACUGACCUAGGCGAUGAGGUUUGAUAUAAACUUACAGAACUUUAAAAACCCUUCACUCGAUAAUAUCUCACGGCAAAUAGAAAGGAAAACCGUUUUGAAGAAUAUUUAAUUAUAAUUUUGGCUGUAGAAAGAAAGCUUUGCGCGAUUUUCUUGUCGCGAGUAAUUCAUCUUUGAAAACAGCAAGCACCGGGAAGCCGGCGGCUUAAAACAUAAACUUGAGCUUUAAGCUUAAAGACUCAGGAUUCUUAGAAACACUAUAAAAGUUGUUUUCGUGAGUGGAAAUUGUUGUCUCUCUUUGUAAAUGUUCUACCGAAUUAUGUUUCCUUUAUUGAUUGUUAGUGGUCUCUUGCAAUUUUCAUCGCUUUGCCGUUUGUUUUCAGUCGUUCAUAAACAUCGCUUGCAGGAGUACUGUACUUAAAAUGCCCCGCGUAUCAAACGCUUUUUAAGGUUACACAUUUGAUAACAAAUAAACACAAAGUCUUUAUUAUGUUGAAGCGUAACUCUUUUAAAGUACACUGCAAAUUUGGCGCUAAUUUUGUCAAAAGUGAGAACCGGCUGACCGUAUGGGUGAUUUUGGAAAUAUUUUGAACGGUUUUGCUAAAAGCCCAUGCGUGCUUCGAUGGUUCGAAUAUUGAAUGAGUGCAAUUUGUCCUGAAAAAUUGUGAAAUACUGCAUUUUGUCUAAGGUCUGUAUGAUAAAAACAGCGCGUCAUAGCACUCUUUCACCUUAGAUGUGCCAUGUGUAAAGAGUAUAAAAGGUUGGUUUACACGCACCCAGAUUUGUUGGCAAGAUUUUGUAAAGUAAGCUUGUCGGACGCAAAAAACUCGUCCUGAUUUGUUUUCCAGGCCUAAUCUACUGUGAUCAAGAACCAUUUUUUCUCUUAAAUGUCACGGAAGAUGAUUGCCAGUGCUAUUUUUUGGGUGUACAUAAUACAUGGCUAUCAACUCGAUGCAAGAUUUGUUUCACUCUAAAAUCACUUAGCCUUUCCCUCAAAAGUCACAUGAAUGUGCCCUUAAAUUAAGUGAUUUGAGGCUUACAAGUUUAUUGUUUGAUUUAAAUUAUAAAUUAAUUAAUGGGAGCCUCGCUUUUAGCCCUGGCUAAAUCUAUAUAUUAAAAACAAACAGACCAAGAAUCACUUGGUGUAUCUGCUACUUACCAUUUUCUGAUGCCAUAAUUUUUGUUAUGAAGUCGAUUCAAAUCAAGGUGAAAUAAUACAACUGCUUUGAACAAGUCAAAUGGCACAUCUAGUUGUUAUGUCUUUUGAAUGUUUUUGCCAACGAUAGUUCUGCACAGGAACCACAGUCCGACCAACUGAAAAACCAAGUGAGAAACCAGUCAUUGAUGACAGCAAAAACCCUGAAAGACCCACUCAUGGAAACCAAGGAACUGGAGACGAAGGAAGCCAUGGUGGCAUGAAGUGAGUUUUCAACCGUUCUCCAACCUUCGAACGUUUAUAACCUUAAGAUAUGUAAUUUUGUAAAAGAUACAUCAUACAUUUUUCUUCUUUUUUAGCUCUGUUAAAAUACCAGCACCACCAUGUGGCAAAGAACCUUGUUGCGCCGGAAAUCGAAAAGGACCUGGUUGCUCACAACCUGAUCUUUGGCCAUUUCGAGGUAGGAUUUCGGCAAUCACGUGAUAAUAUGUCAAAAUAAAUUUACGAAAAACGAUCCAGCUUCCAAAUUUAUUUUGAUUUGACUAGUACCACGAACGUAUAGUACCUGUAUGUACGGCGUCUUUAAGGUGGCUCGAUACAGUUUUUCAAGGCCAAUACCUCCCAAGUUUGAACAUAAACUACGUCGCCAUAAACAAAGUUUUGGAAAAAUUGCCACCACAGUUGUAUUAGAUAAAGAUGAAAAUUUGUUAUGAUCAGGGUUGCAACGGCAUCGGAGUUGUCAUAGCAACGAAAUGACGCUAUUACCUAUUUUACUUGCAGCAGUAUAUCUCAGCACUGAGAACUGUUCUUCCAAAACCAUUCACGGGAGCGUUUUCCUCCAAUAGCGGCCUCGACGUUCGUAAAGUUUAGCGAAAUCUGUAAGAGCGUUAUCGAGAUAUUUUGGGAUAAAGAUUUUAUGGUUAGAAAUACGGUAAAAAAAUGGAUAAUCUUGAUGUUCGGCUGUUAUCUGUAGAAAAUGAAGCGCUUUUUACAUGCAAUUUAACCUCAUAGUAGUUUCAAUCUUUUUAAACACGUGUGUGAAAGAUCAUAGAGAUAGCUCCAGCCGAUUGCUAGAAAGAAGGGUUUUAUUAGUAUGUAUCGAAGCGCUCUUGCUAGCGGUUUUGUAAACAUUUUGGUCUUCUUUAACAAAUUAGCGAAUAAUUUUUAAACCGCUCGAUAGAUUUUUUUGAAAAUUUAAGAUUCUUGAGAUUAACCUUUCUUUUAUAUGACCUUUUAGUUUCAAGAUCAUUGUUACAUUGUAAGGCAGUAAAAUAAGGGCUACAAUUCGUUACUUUUCUAUCGGAAGUUUCGUUAUUACAAGUGAAAACCUCUCAUUAUUCAAGGCAUUGUCUCCAAGUUUCAUUUUCACGUGAACAACAGUAACUAACAAUGCAUUUGACAUAUGCAAAAAUGCUAGCUAUUGUUAUGCGCGAAAAUAUGAACCUUGGAGACAAUACUCUGAAUAAUGAGAGGCUCACAUUUGUAAACAAAAAAUUUCUGCAAAAAUACUAGUGAAUUUUAGCCCUUAUUUACUGCCUUACAAUACAUCAAUCAUCUUGAAACUAAAGGGUCAUAUAAAAGGAAGGUUUAUCUCAAGAAUAUUGAUUUUUUUAAAAAAUCUAUCGAGCGGUUUAAAAAUUAUUCGCUAAUUUGUUAAAGUAGACCAAAAUGUUCAAAAACCGCUAACAAAAGCGCCUCGAAACAUACCAAUCAAAUCCUUCUUUCUAACAAUCGGCUGGAGAUAUCUCCACGGUCUUUCACACACGUUUUUAAAAAGAUUGAAACUACUAUGAGGUGAAAUUGCAUGUAAAAAGCACUUCAUUUUCUACAGAUAACAGCCGAACAUCAAUAUUAUCCAUUUUUUUUACCGUAUUUCUAACCAUAAAAUCUUUAUCCCAAAAUAUCUCGAUAACGCUCUUACAGAUUUCGCUUAAACUUCACAAACUUUGAGGCCGCUAUUGGAGGAAAACGCUCCCGUGAAUGGUUUUGGAAGAACAGUUCUCAGUGCUGAGAUAUACUGCUGCAAGUAAAAUAGGUAAUAGCGUCAUUUCUUUGCUAUGACAACUCCGAUGUCAUUGCAACCCUGAUCAUAAAAGAUUUUCAUCUUUAUCUAAUACAACUGUGGUGGCAAUUUUUGCAAAACUUUGUUUAUGGCAACGUAGUUUAUGCUCAAACUUGGGAGGUAUUGGCCUUGAAAAACUGUAUCGCGCCACCUAAAAGUUUUGCACGUAACCCGAGAUAAACACCUAGCAUACAUGUACUUUCGCAGUUUUUAUUUUAACUUGUAGUCUUUCAUUUUUCAAGAUUAUUUUUGUUAUUGCUUUAUUGUAAACUGUUAAAGACUCUUAUAUUUUUCCGUUUGUAGUUUACAAAAAGAGCAACUUAUAGAAAUUUUUUUGGGGACCAAAAACUAUGUAAAGUUUUUUUUUGUGACCAACAAGUCUUUAGGUGCCGAAUUUUUAGGAACUCGUAAAAGGAUUAAUUCCUUUUUUCAUUUGUCUGUUUGCUUAUUUUUUGUUUCCUACUCAAGGAACCCCAGCAGGCUGCAAAAAAUGACUGUCUUAAAUUAGUUUUUACGUAUAUCACUAAAACUAGUGAAAAAUGUAUAUAUCAAACACGAGAUAAAAAAAAUUAAGCGUUUAUGGCAUAUUGAGCACCACUAAGAAAUGUGAAAAUAAGAUGCGUAACGGACUGUUUAUGAACAUAGAGCUGUUUGGUGCCAUGAAGCACUAGCUGUUUUGUUUGAUACAUAACGUUUUUUCUAGGGAUUGAUAAUAUAAACGUCUGAGACAAAUUGAUUUGGAAGGAAUAUAAAGGAAGCAACGAGCAAGAAUUUUUGGUCAGAUUAAUGAUCCAAACAGAUAGUGUAGUUACAUAAUUCGCUUUUUUUGGCUUGUAAAUUGUUCAUCGUUUACACGAAUUAUGUACUCUACAGGGGAUACAUGUUCAGGCAACGGAAUUGCUCAAAGUACCUCUGGUUGUGGGGCUGCAUGUCGAUGUCUGGGGGGCUGGAGAGGACCAUUGUGUGAUAGGACUACAGCUGGAGGAAGUGGAGACCCGCAUUUGGAAACUUUAGAUGGUAUGUGUAUGAGGACAACCUUCUGUAAAGCAGGAAUUCAGCAACCAUUUGAUGAAAUUAUUUUUUAAACAACGAAAUCAAAGGGUUCACUUUAAAAACCACACUUAGCUAAUGAUGGUUUCAGCUUCUAAUUCAGCUAGAAAUAAGCUGUCGAUAGAAAACAACUUUUAAACUUCGCAGUACUAUCACUUAACUGUGAACGGACUAUAAUGGUUGUGCAUGACAUUUUUGAUACAAGGUCAAACAUGUGGCGAGAAUAGACAAUAAUUUCGCUGGUGCUAUUGAAGUUACCUAUUUACCCCAUGUGCGUUUUCGAUAGUUUCGUAAGGACGAAAACGUGCAGAAAACACUAGAAUUUUUGCGAAGGCUUCUAUGCAUUUUAGUGAGGAAAAAACAUUACCAUGGAGGGUACCUUAAAACUGAUAAACAAAGUAUCAGGUAGCGACAUGUAGAAAAACUCGAAUGCUUGAAAAGAUCUCAGUUAUGUUACCAAAAUUUUUUUUCGUCUUCAGGAGUUGAAUACGACUUCUUCGGCAUUGGCGAGUUCUGGGGUUGCAAAAGUAGAAAGAACGACUUUGGCCUUCAAUUUCGCUUUUUCUAUUAUGAAAGAGCCUCACUGAUUGGAGGAUUAGCAAUGAAGACUGGACAAAGCAUUGUAACAGUUAUGACAAUCAAGACCCAGUAUCCUGAGGAUUCCCCCAAUGUUCGGUAGGUCAUCCCUCCACAUGUAAGGGCCGGAAUCCAAGACAGUCUUGGAUUCUGGAUUCCACGUCGCGGAUUCCGGAUUCCAGGUACUAGAUUCCAGCGUUUAUCAGUGAAACUUGCAUUCUGAUCGCUAGUGAGAUUCCGGAUUCUUUCAGCUGUAUUCCGGAUUCCAAAGCCCAGGAUUCCGGAUUCUACUAGCAAAUUUUUCCCGGAUUUCUUAUUCCACUGGCAAAAAAUAUACCGGAUUCCGGAAUCCGGAUUCUGCCAAUGUCUAGUAGGUUAUCGCUACACAGGUCAAUCAACAUGGACAACAGUAGUAUAGUAGGGAGCGAAUUUUCCUUUUAAGUGAAGAAAUCUCAUCAAUUUGCGCGGGAAUACGUUAACGCCGAUGACAUCACAACCGUUAUCUCAUGAAUUAAAUUCGGUGGAAUCUCAUUGAGAUAAACGUGUGCUAUUUUAACGGGCGGUUUAACCAGUUGCGCAGGUUUUCUGAUUAUUUAUAGGGUGAUGAAUGUCUUUCUUUUUUAUUGGUUUAUUUUAUUGUUCGUGCAGUUUUUUACCUCCACGUCAGGUGUGCAACGGGAUCUCGUUAAUUUUCCUGCAGCGAAGACGUUCUCACGGGAAAUUUCUGAAGAAACACUUGAAAUUAAAGCCACAAAUGAUACUUAAAUGUAGGACUUAUUCCAGCGGUUUUUGGCUGGACACGGCACUAGCCUCCUCUUUUAGCAAAUGCAUUGUCCUUUCUUGGGUGUGAUAGGAUUGCCAUAAAAACCUUCCUGUGAUUAUGCAAUUUUUAGCAAUCAAGGAAAAUAUGAAGUAGAUAGUCUUACAAAAAAGCAAGAGGGCAGAAUAUUUCUUUGUUACUGACAUUUAUAUUUUUAACAGGAUCGAUGGCUUUUUACUCAAUGUUACUGCGAAUGCUUCUUCUAUCGAAAUCAACAAUGGAACGGUUUUGCUAGAUAUUCAAGUUCGUUUCAGCUCACAAGUUGAAGAAAGCAGUGUACUCCUUAUGUCGCUCCAAUAUAAAUCAGGUAUACCUAGUCUCAGUUUCAACAAGGAGUUAGUGUAUUAAGUCCAUAGGUCAAUAUUAGCCCAAGUAUUCUAUUUGUUGCGGGCGACGAGAGGAGGCCGCAAUCCUAAUCUCUUGGUCGCUGUUGUGCAAGCUUAGCAUGUAGGUAGCCAGCAUUCGUUUGGACUUCCACUAAGCGUGAAUGGAAUUCAUUGAACGCAAUAUGAUCCCAGACGUUUUGACUUUCUACGAGGUAAACGUGAAACUUGAACAUCGACCAGAAGCCUAAAACUCGCCCGCACAGCCUAACCUUGAUGGUUAUUACUAGUUUUUGAUAACAGACAGUCGAUUGAACUAAGAGGAGUGGCUUUGAAAGGGAAUUGAAUGUGAUAUUACGGGUUAAAUGUACUGUCGUUGAUGUUUGACGUUUCUACAGCAUCGACACCACUUCGACAAAGUGUUAUAGGAAUACAUUUUUAUCGCAUUCCGGCACCAAUUUGAAGGUUGGGUUAACAAAUACCCCGAUUUAUAUGAAAUUGUCCUUUAGUGUGUAGACUUAUCGUUCUGCAUGCAGAAAAGCUAGGACUAUGGUUAUUUUCCAAGGUCGUAAAAUCUUAGACCAAAGUAUUUCAGUCUGAUUUUUUUAAUUGCCUUAACAUGUUACAUUUCGUAUGGGACUAAACCAGAGGUUGAACCUAAUUUUUUGGAAACAACUUUAUGCUUUCUUGCCACAAUUAUUUAAUCAUCUUUAAGCAUGGUCAAUGAGGCAGAUCUUAUCAAAAUGUUACAAUUGGUGGAAAUUUCAUCCACUGUUGUACUAAUUAUUUGUUUAAUAUAACAUGUUGUAUCCAGUACCUAGUUAGGCGAUGUUGGAAUUGGUAGGACAAUUCUGGAUCAGAUUUGAAUGAGUAAAGAAAAGCUUACCUUUGGAACCUAAAAAGGUUGCAUAAUGUCAGGCCUACAUGUAAAUGUCAAGUGAAUCCACUUCAGUGGGGUUUUUAGACCUACCACCGGGCUUUAGACUCUACAACUUAUUUGGAAAAUGGUCAGACUGAGCAAAGCUGACUCGAGCUCGCUUAAACAAAGCUGUAAGAAUUUCAAGGUCGCAUUGUGAGCAAGGAGUAAAGUAUAAUUCUUCUCGAUAUUAUUGUCUCCGAAGGGUAUCUAAAGUUUAGCGGAAGGCGUUUUUGAGUAGCAAGUGUCUCAACCUUUUUGCAAGACAGUCAAUGGUUUUAGUUUUAGCGACUCACUGCCAAUCAGAUAACCUUAGUGUAACGCCUUAGUUUACCUUUUCUAGGUGUCACAGUCACCGUUGAUGUAAAGCAUAGUCGCGUCAUGAGAAGGCAAUAUUUGAACGUUCUAUAUUCACCAACGGCCGCCUAUAAAGGUCAAACUGAAGGCCUGUGUGGCUUUAUGGACAACAACGAAACUAAUGACUUCGCAGGACCAGAUGGAACGGUGUAUAAAGACGCUGUUCAGUUUGCAGAAUCAUGUAAGAUUUCUUGCAAAUUACUUUUUAUGGAUCGUUUUCGCUCAGUCUGUCAGUCUCAAAUCAAAUUUCGUGAAACAAAAGAAAGUUUUUACAAGGGAAAAAAGUUAAGACGGAAUUCAUCAGGUAAUUGAGUAAUUUUGAUUAUCAGUGGACAAAAAUCUUAUACCAGAAUAAUUUAAAGCAUACUGCAUUCUUUCUUACAUUUUUCAAGGGCUAAAGAUGUAAUAAAUAAUCUGCAGUAACACCAAAAAAACUUCUUAUGGGAGCUCGAGAAAAUGAACGUCAAAUAUCAAAAAAUUACAUCUUACCCACGAAAUUUUUAGAAUUUUACCCGUAUAAUCACAAUUCUUGUGAAAUUUGACAUUUAUUUUCUCGGACUUCCAUGAGGAAAUUUUCUUUGGUGUUACUACGGAUGAUUCAUUACAUCUGUAGCCCUUGAAAAAUGUAAAAAAGAAUGCAAUUUUCUUUUAACUAUUCUGGUACAAGAUUUUCGUCCACUGAAAAUUAAAAUUGCUCAAUUUCCUGAUGGAUUCCGUCUUAAAUUUGUUCAAGCAUUUAUUACUAUAUCGUGUUUACGUGUUUUUCUGGUUCGCCGUUUUUGAUUGGCUGACAGACACGCGCCAGUACUUCGGCAAAUCUGAAACUGGAAAUGCAGUAUAACAUACAGUACUAAAGAGAUUCAUUUGCAAAAACUCUUUAGAUGUAAAACAAAUAAAUCAUGUACUUGGAUUUAAGAUGGCUUUUUUAAUUAAACAAUUUAUAUCUUUCCAACUUAACAAGUAGAUUUUCGAAGCCUUCACUUUUUCACCGGGGUAUUUAAUCCAAAAUAAUGUCUCAAACAAUUUCAAAACUGCGCGUCAUUUUGAACGCAAUAAGCCGUGAGACGUCAUCCAUGUGUAGGUACUCUAACAGAAGCGUAAAAUAUUCACCACAUUGUAUAAAAUUUGAUUAUAGAUCGUUUUCACACGGCGGCCACAUUUGUGUACAAAAAAAAAAUCGUGUGGGAAUUGAACUCUUUCACAUGCUAAAACUUUCUUUUAUUUCAAGCAAUUUGUAAAGCUGCUGACCAAGUGACGGAAAACGAUCUAUCUUGUUUUCAGGGAGAAUAAAGGAUUGUAACAAAGGAUCCGGCACACAGGGUUCGUGGUCAUGGAAUUCAUCCAACUUUUUCCAUGAAGAUGUGUUGGACUCGACAUACACCGAUCCACUAUUCAAACCCAUUUACUCGCUGCAAGGAAUUUCAGCGUCUGUUAUGGAGGUAUGAAGUCGAUUAUCUUUUAGUUGAUAUGUCAGUUUUGUUGGGUUCAGCAACUUUCCUAGUUUUACUUAAAUUAAAAACUACGGUGGUGUAAGGUCAUGGUCAUUUGUUGGCUUCACACUUGAAACGAAGCGAAGGGCACUUGAUUCAAGUGGAACUGGAAAUCUUUUAAGAUUUCUAAAAGUCGCUCUGUAGAAAACAUGGCUUCACACUUAAGCUUGUUGACAAAGAACAUUACAUGAAGCAAAAGCUGUCAAUCGAUGGCUUCACAGUAGAAGUGAAGUUAGUUUCAAGUAAGCUCUUGAUUCAAGUGCACUUGGAAAUCUUAAGUUGCUUUGUAAAAGACAUGGCUUCACACUUGUGGACAAAGUAUAUUACUUGAAGUAAAAGCUGUCAAUCUCUCCGUUCAUUAGAAUCUUGGAACCGCUGCACUUGCACAUCGUGCACAUGGCUUCCAUUUUCUUAUUGGUCAAGUGUGUUCUCAAGUGUGGUGUAGACCAUACUUCAGAGCAAACUUCGGCUUCUUUGAACUACAAACGUUACCAUGGUCACCAAGUAACGUUAAAGUAGGUACAUUUUAGCUCUUCACAAUCAAAGUAGGCUCCAAGUACACUUACAUCAUACUUGAAGCUCUAGUGUGAAGCCAACAAUUGACUCACUGACUGAUUCUACUUUUUUACUCUGCGCUAUUUUAGUUAUCGUUUCCUCAUUAUACAAUACAACCGGGCUGCUGCUACUAAGAAGUUUGAUUGAGACUUACAAAGAAUAUAUUUUGGCGUAUUUUCAAGAAAAGUGGUGACAUGCUUCGCACGAAUCGUACAAAUUACGUUCAGAUGUUAUUGUGCAGAGAAUAUGCCCCCCCACAGUAAAAGGCCCAUCUACAACCAAAACAAAUACAUUUAGUUAUAAGCCCCCCUGAAAUAUAAGACCGCCUCUAGUAUGUAUUGAAAUUUAUUCGAUUUUUUACGACGUUUAGAAGCUUCGUAAAGCGAGUAAAUUCAAAAGAUAUUUUUAUAAUUGCUCACUGCUUUGUAGCUUGUGUUGAAAUUCUUUUUUAUUCCGCAUAUAAGUUCCCUUCCGCGCCCCAUUAUAUGCUAUCCUAAAAGCCCCUAAAGAAGUUGCAUAAGCCCAGGGCUUAGAAAAUAAUACCUUUUUCGUACUCCACUCUUUUGAGGACAUACAAUUAAAAGGAGACGGUGCAUGAUUUACCUGGUCACAAUUUCAACCCAAGCCUCAAGUAAACGCUCUUGUUCAUAGGAGUACGGGAAAGGUCUAUUGCAAAAGUGUCAUCAAUACAACGUAAAACCCAUUAAGUUAUAUUGUAACUGGAUAUCUCUUUGAAAUUUAGAUUGCUACAAAUACUUGCAAGGCUUUGGGAAUUCCAGACAAGGAUUUGAAGAGCUGUAUUUUUGACGUAGCUGUAACCAAUGACACAAGCUUUACAGAUCAAGAACGCUUUAAGAAAAGUAGCCUGAAUCAUGUUUUAUUGCAAAGAAAAGUUUGUGAUUAGAUGAUCUUACCCUUCCAGGCUUAAGUUAAACCUAAGGCCUCUCUCUAAUCCUUUGUUAUAGUGAAAUAUUUUUUGUUACUCUAUCUAAAAUCUGUUGAUGAAAUUUCUGUGGUGUUAUUUUUACUUCUUUGGUACAAUCAAAGCCCUCUUUACAGACUCCCGCUUAAUAUGGACAAGUAAUCGUUACUGGCAGUUUGCUUUGUCCCUGGGGAAAGAAAGACCUUACGAAUUGUCUAAAUUCAACCCGCUGAAUACGGACACACCGCUAGUAAGGAAACUUUAGAUGGCCCCCUCAGUGUUCGUAUUAACGAGGUUUGACUGUAGAACUUUUGCAUGGCGUAUUCUUUUUAAGGAUUAUACAAAAUGAAAAGGAAUGGAAGGAAUGCCGUUGGUGGGGCGACGCCUUUCGCAAGAACGUCUAACCGGAGGGAGAAUUGAGUAACGUUUCUUUAAAUAAAGCAACAAGGAAGAAAAUAUUUUCAUUUCCCUUCAAGUGAAAUAGAAAAUGAAAUGGCUUACAAUUGAUUUUAUUGUCUUUACUAAGAGGGACAAUAGUAUAUAUAAGUCUAAAGACAAUAACAAAACUUUCUUUCAAUUAUAAAAAUCCAAACUGUGCCUUUACAUGGAAAAUUUACAUGAUAUGUGAGUCAAACGCUACCAAUGGCAACAAAUGUAUUGUUAAUUCGUUCGCUCCUUUGGAAACCAAGGCAGAAGAGGACCUAAUAUUAAUAAACGGUGUUAAAGUUGUUACAGUUUUCUUGAAUCUUUCUUUUCUCUUCACUAGGUUGUCCUAACCAGUGCUCUGGUAAGGGCAGAUGCAUAAAUGGAACAUGUCAUUGCUUAAAGGGAUGGGGCGGAGAAAGCUGUGAUAAAGGUAUUAAUAGUUCGAUGUGUAUGAUCGGGCAAUUGGCCUGUUUUCCGACCACGUUUCUUGAUUUGAAAAGAAACAUUUCGAUUUACAGGAAGAUGGGGGUACUGCUUACUUCACCUACGUCUUUGUUGCAGAACUACCCUAAAAUCCGAUGAUGUGUACGGGGUAGAUACAGUUAGUUUUAUAUAUUGACAGUGUAAUGCUGGAAGGGACUCGCAAUUUCUUUAAUCGGAGAGUGUUGUUAGUAUAGAGAUAUCACUGUAACCAGUUUAGUGGCAGCGGGAGGAUCUGUGUAGUAACUGAAGAGCUUGAAUAUUAUCUGUUAUUGUAGUUCAUAGACACCUCUUUUGUAUUGUUCCACAAUUGACAGUAGAUGCCAUUCUUUAACCUUUUGUUUUACGAAAGCGACAUCACAAUACUACGUCCAAAUCACUGGACGAAAAAAAAUUGGAUUUGGAAAAAUCUGCUUAUUGUAAAUAUGUCACAAAAAUGCAAAAACUAAGGAGUAAAUCUGGGGGCAAAGAUGGUAAAUGCCACAUUUGCGUGCCAUUAGGGUGUAAAUAGGUGGGUAAACGUGGCAUUUAACUUGUUUGCCUCAGAUUAACUUCUCAGAUUUCUGAAUUUUUGCAACAUAUUUUAGUUCCAAGAGCAAAUUUGUGCAAAUCCAUUUUUUCCUCUAGUGAAUAAGGUUUACGUUCGACGCAUGCUUUCUUGUAAAGUUUUUUUGUAAGUGCCGAUAGUGAAACAUGCAACAAAAAUCAUGCUGGUAACGAUCACCAAGAUUUAAGAACAGUAUCGGAUGAGAAGGCGCAAUCUCCUUGCUAGAAUGAUUAAAAUGAUACCAUAUAUUUCGUUUAUUGGUAGGUUCUUGUUCAAACUGCUCAAUACAUGGAAAAUGCCUUAAAGGAUUCUGUGAAUGCGACAUAGGCUGGCAGGGACAGAACUGUGAUAGUAGAGGUUUGUAGUAAUAUCAGUUAAGGAAUCUGUCAAAAUUGAAACAAACAAGUAAACAAACAAACAAAACAUAGUGAAUACUGAACCUUCAUGCAUAAUAACUCGUUUUAAAGAUUUCAAAACGGUACAAGUCGGAGAAUACUCAAUUUCACCUUUCGUUAUUCUUGCAGCUACUUGUUAUAAUGUCAGAAACUGCACUAGUCCUACGAAUGGAGUUUGCAAAGCGACAGACAUUUGUCAGUGUAAUCCAGGAUAUAUUGGUAACAGAGACUCUGUUCUUUAUAUGUUACUUCUAAUAAAGACUUCUGCUAAGAAACACUGCGUAAAUGGGUAAUAUACAGCUUAGGGUCUGUUUACAUGAAGGUAGGGGAUCACCCCACCUAUCAUGUAAACUUUAUCAAAUCAAAAUGAGAGACUAUGUGGACGGGCGGGUUACCUCACCUACCUGGGGUCCCCCACCUCCAUGUAAACAGGCCCUUAGUUUUGUUUAGUUUAUUAAAAUUCGCCACGGUGACAGGGCUAAAACGGGCCUUGCGUCCCAACGGAUAUCAAAGCCUUCAUCACCCACUCUACCCAUGAGAAGUUGACCACAGCACCGGGGUCUUAGCCCCUACUCUUUGUGAACAGCAUUGUGGGUUCUUUUGCGCCAUUCUCACAAGAAUCAGAAGAGUGAAAGUGCUGUGAGACGGGUCGUAUGGUUUCUCACCCUCAUCCGAGAAGACUUGAAUGUCAUGGUCAAAAAUAAGGCAGCACAUUCUCCUCAAAACAAUAGAAAACGACGAUGUUACCACGGUCCCAAAUUACUAGCAUUAAACUUAAGGAAACAAAUACCGUAACCAUUAAUUUAAUCGAAUUAAAAGUUAGAUUGAUUUGUACUGUGUUUAAUGCUAUAUGUAAUGUUAUGUACUUGUCUACGCCGGUUAAUUGUACUUGUCAGUGACCAAAUCAAAAGCUUUAGCUACUUUGGUAACUGGGCAUAUUGUACUCUUCAGCACUAGCGUAAUAUAUUCUAACCUCUUUUUUAUAUUGAUUACUUCAAUUCUUGGGAUUAGUGCAAGACAAAAAACCUGAAUCUGAAUCAAAAGGUGCGCCAGUUAGGGUUGGACAAAAAUACGUGGGCAUUAUGUUGUGCCAGCGAAUCCUGAAAAACUACUCCCCCUUUAAGCCUUUCUCGAUCCCGGGCUGGUUACAAUUCCUUAUUUUAUUAUCUUUCAUACUCAGGUUCUGACUGCAGUAUUAUUCCUACCUGCCAUAACGUAUCAGAGUGCAGUAGUAAUGGUCUGUGUGUGGAUUACGAUGUUUGCAAAUGUGACAAAGGAUGGACUGGGGAUAACUGUACACAAUUCUCUUGCGAGCACUUGGAUUACUGCUCAGGUAACGCGUUUUCUUCUUUACAUCAUGAAUGAAAAUUUCAGUCUGGAGCUUCAACCUCUCAGCAAAAAAGGGUUGCUUAUUUGCUUAUUUUUUUUUUUAAAAUGAAAAGGGCAAAUUUUAAUUCAUUUGUUAACUUUCUAUUAUCAAGGAUUCAAUUUUGACAGUGGCUUUAACGCUUCUUUAAAGCCUGGCUAAGCUAUUAACUCUGAAGGGUAGAGUAAUCGUCAUGAAAUUGAAUAAAUAUAUAUUUUACAUACUUCGCAGCUGGUUCCUUUCUUUUUCGCUGUUACGCGUUGUGAUUGUAUUUAGGGGAGUUAUUACAUUUAGUUACUUCCUAUCCAAUGUAAUUUGUUAAUUUAUUGUUUAUUUUCGUUUUUUCUUUUCAUAAGGGCGUGGUCGUUGUAUAGAUUUUUACCAAUGUGCCUGUGAUAACGGCUGGACUGGAGGCAGUUGCACUGUCCCUGAUUGUCUGGAUCUCAAUCAGUGUUCAGGAAAAGGAGAGUGCGUAUCACCAAAUUUAUGCCGGUGUUACCUUGGCUAUAGUGGAGCAAACUGUAGCCAGGAACCGGACUGUGCUAGAUUUGACAAUUGCAGCGGACAUGGAGUUUGUGUAAUGUCAGAGUCACCGAGAACGUCUUGCAGGUUAAUGACAAGAGUCUAUUUUUGAGUUCUUUUGUAUUCACGACAUCGUUCACUGUCCCGUUUUUCAAAAUCCCCUAUACAUUUUCAGGGAGGAACCCAAAGCUUUUACUGAGAUCAAAAUAAAAUCAAACAAAAAUAUCUUUUGGGCUAUUAGGCACCGAUCAGCAGUUUUGUCUGAAACUUUACAUUAAUUUUGUUGAUACGACAACCACUGGGUCAAGAAAAUGUGCUUGUAGUAACGAAUUUGUGGCCACAUAGAGGGGUCACAGUAUUUCUUUAACGUAAAAAUUUCAAUCGCUAAGCUCUUACGCGUCGCAGGGUAAUUUAUUUGCUAGUGUACCUAUAACUGUGUAGCGAUAAAGAUGGGUAACUGGAAAUUAUAAGAAUUUGGACAAAAUGCUUAGAAAUUUAAUUUCACGAGUUUACCUUUAAUUUUGAUUACCUAGCUAUAUUAAUUUUAUGGGUGACAAAUUACGAUCACAAUUGUAGUUUUUCACUUGCUUAUUAUCAUGUCGAGAACUAAAAGCACUGAAAAGUUUAGAGUCAGAAUAGAUUUUGGCUUAUGUUCACAAGUUUCUGAAUUUGUCGCCAAAAUACAUGUUAGAAUCAUUUGUGAUGUGCUCUUUUGCCUGUUUAGAGUUUCUCAAUAAUGCCCUGAGAUCUUAAUUCAGAACUCAUAACAUUUUAAAAGUAUGACGCCAUCUUGGCACUGAGACGUACGGAACGUUACCAUGGCAAUUUGUAAUUUCACAUGUGAAAUUAUAAAACGUAAAGGUUGCGGAAUCACUGUGCCUUCUUUGACGAUUCUUCUUAUCUAUUGAUUUACUCAAAUAAAUGUACUUUUCUUGUUACGUAGCAACUGACCAAAAAAAAAAUGUUCCCACAGAUGCUUUACUGGUUUCAGUGGUGCUAACUGUAGCCAACCCAUAUGUACUGAACUGAACAAUUGUUCUGGUCACGGUGUCUGCAUAGAGGCCGAGUUCUGUAAAUGUUACCUGGGAUACAAUGGCACGGACUGCAGUAACUACUCUUGUGAAGCAGUUAAUCACUGUUCGGGUAAGUGGUUCAUUUUUCGGAUCUCCUUAUAGCAUGAGUUAAUUAGUUAUUGUAGCUUUAAUCCGCUAGCUUUCUCCCUCCUUCGCGCUUUUGCAUUCUUACUGAUUAGUACCCGGUAGUCCGCUUCACAGCCAUUUUUAGGGUCGACACGCAAGGGGAAGAGCGUUGCUUGACGACAUUAACAACGACUGUGUAACAGACUAGGUAGGAUACAGUUAUUUCACAACUGUAUUUCAAAUAUUGGAGCAGUGGAAAAACCUUAUAGGUCAUCGCAAGUUGUGAAUGCAAAUUAUAAGCAGCUGCGUACUUUAUCUAUAGUCCAAGAGGAAAAAAAGCGAAUAGGAUUUUUAUCCCCAUUCUUCCAAUUGAAUAGUUUUUAAAUACGUAAGGGUCUGGGACUUGGGGUGGCAUUUAUUCAUAUUAUAGCCAAUCUGAUAUACCCUUUAGUGCUGGCCAAGUGACCAAGAAUCCAUGUGAGUGUCACUUCACUUCAUGUUGACGGUGGUUAAAGACAAUGAUCUUCAUGUUAAAAUCCUUUUUUUAAAAUAUUAAUUACCUAGGUCACGGCACAUGUAUUGGAUAUGAUGUUUGCCAGUGUAACGUUUCCUGGUCGGGAGCAGCGUGUAACAUCCCAGAUUGCAGUGCUGUGAACAAUUGCUCUGGUCAAGGAAACUGUAUCGGUGUCAACACCUGCUCCUGUUAUCCGUUGUUUGACGGACAAGAUUGCAGUCAAAAGGCAGCAAAAAAUCUUCAUGCCCCUGUCUUUGAAAGAUCACUUUACAGUGUCAAUAUAUCUGAAAACGCUCCCCUUGGUACAUCUAUUUUAAAAACGCGUGCCAAUGAUUCUGAUUCGGGAAGAAAUGGUCACAUAUUUUAUUCCAUGACUGGCGAAAAUAAUGAAGAAAAUGUUUUCACUGUCGAUGGAAGAAGUGGAAUAAUUUACAACUUGGUAAAACUCGACUUCGAGACCUUAAGUGCAGUAUCAUUCAACGUGACGAUUAUCGCUACAGAUGAUGGAGUUCCUCAGAAAUGGACAAGCACCGUGGUCCAGAUAUCAGUGACAGAUGAAAACGACAAUUGCCCUGCCUUUGUAGAAUCCAAACCAGGAAAUUUGAAUUUUACCUCAUUAUCUUUAAGCCCAGGAGAUGCUCUUAUCAAAAUAUCUGCCAUUGACCAAGACAGUGGAAUGAACAGCGACAUAACUUACAAUAUUUCCAACAACGAUGCGUUUACUAUUGAUCCUACAACUGGCAUUAUCUCUGUGAAGUCGUUUCUUACUAAAUCAGAGUACAGGUUCACAGUUACUGCAGAAGACAGUGGAGCUCCUCCCUGUGUGACGGAGAAAAAUAUCACUGUUACUGUAGGAAAAACGAGUUCCAGCCGGCCGCAGACAGACGCCUCUUCCACUCCGUUCACGUCCACGAGACCGAAGACUUCAACUCAAAACGAGAAGCCAGAAAAGCCAAGCUACACUUCUGAGAUUACAAAUCCGGCUACAGACCCAGGUAACAUUGUUAAUAAUAUGGCCGUAAGCUUAGCCAUGGCCAGCUUUAUUAGCUAAUUAGUCCUCAUCUUGCCUCAUGUACAGUAGUCCAAGACAGUCUUGAAUUCAGGAUUCCACUCUGCGGAUGCUGACUUUCAUGUCCUGUAUUCCGGAUUCCUUGUCAGCCAUCCGAGGCUUUUUAUAUUAAGUUAUACAACUGUAUUUUUUGACCAAUCAAUGCUUCUAAGACUAGUUCAGUAAUUAUAAGCGAUCGCCAAGUCCGAAUAUGAGAGCGGCACGAAAGCCCUUAUAUAUUUACAGGCUUGCAUUGCACUGGUCAAUGCUAAGGUCUAAUAGAUAGACAGAAUCGUGAAAUACGGCGAUAAUUCAUUUCAAUACUUCGUCGAUUAAACUUGAUCUUACCUUGAAAGGACAACGGUACACAACAGUUUAGGUAAUAUUAAGUUUUUUGUUUGUUUGCUUCUAAUACAGCAGUCGUCGCCGUAUUUUACCCAUCGAUAUUCCUAUAUCUUAUAUUACACAUUUUGUAAGGACUUCCUGUACACCCACUGCUCUUCAACGAACAUUCAGACAGCUGGCAUGGGUAAAUGAAACUGACGUUUAGUUAUUUUCACUUAUCUCUUGCGUUUGCUUUCAGCAGCUACCAGUACCAGGUUCCGAAGUCCCACUCGUCUUGUUUCAUCGCCUUUCGCAGAAGAGGCAACAAAAUCUUCCCAGAGAAGUAAAAAGUUUAUGGUGAUUGGUUUGUCAGCAUUUGGGGGAGUUUUGCUGUUGGUGAUCAUAGCCUUAAUCGUAGUGAAAGUUGUUUGUAGGCGCAAAGUUCUUUGCGGGCAGACUGAAGUAAAAGAUGAAAUUCAUGUCAACCAAGCAUUCGAAAUGUCGGAUAUGUCCGCAAAAACCUAACAUGGCGUUGCAUUGGUGCGUGUAUGACAUAGAGUUCAUAUAUCAGUUUUAGUUGAAUCUUAGUAAGAACCAUGAUUAUUACGGUCUUAUUCAGAGUAGGUAUUUAGCUCUCUCCAUCCCCUCCCCCUAUCCUAGUUUGAUUAGAUGUUAUUUGUUGCUAUACCUUUCACGGUUAUCGCAGUAACAUUAUGAGCGAGCGAGCUCAAAGCUUAUGUUCAGAGCUUCGGUUAUACCAGUCUCUAAAGAACUAAUUAAAGAGGCAAACUCAGUUCUCUACAACUUUAUUUGGAAUGGGAAAGACAAAGUCAAGCGCCUUGCAUUGAUAUCUGAUAUAGAAAUGGGUGGACUCAAAAUGUUGGACAUUCAAUCUAUGAUUUGCGCUAAACGAAUAACAUGUUUAAAGAAAUUAUUAGAGGAUUACUCAAGUCCUUGGAAAGUAAUCCUAGACAAACUUCUGUUACCAGUCGGAGGAUGUUUUGUAUUGCACUGCAACUUUCAAACUUCUAAAUUGAAAAUCAGUCUACCAGCAUAUUAUAAGGAAUGCUUCGAUGCGUGGUCGGAGGUUAAUGGGAAGACUCCAAGUUGUUACGAGGAAAUCAUUAACGAAAUUAUCUGGAACAACAAAUUUCUUUGUUAUGACAAAAAAUCGAUGUACAGAAGAGAUAUAGUAAACUUAGGCGUCGUAAAGAUUAAGGAUUUAAUUUCUGCGAACAACUCCUUCUCGUGCGACUUCUCUUCACUUACAAAUCCUGAACAAAGAUUUUUUCUUAUGAGUAUUAUCAAUUCGAUUCCCGCAGAAUAGCGCUCACUUAUUAAAGCAUCUACAAACGUAACAUCAGCUAAUCCCAUACCGAUUACCCCAACUAUUAAGUUGCCGAGUGGUAAUGUAGCGCCAAUCCUUGAUAUCUCUCCAAAACAGAUCUAUCAAAUCUUUCUGCAACAAAAGCAAAUUGUGCCCACCGCAAAAUAGAAAUUAUCGAACAAGUACUCAAAUAUAGAUAUUGAUUGGGAAAAGGCUUACACUUUGGCCUUUCAUUGCACUUUGGACACAAAGAUCAGGGAAUUUCAUUACAAAAUUUUGAAUUGUAUACUCUUUACAAACGUGAAACUUAAUUUAAUUGGUGUAGUGGAAUCGCCAAACUGCACUUUCUGUCAAGAAGCACCGGAAUCUGUCGAGCAUUUACUCUUCUCCUGCAGGAUAUCUUCUGAGUUUUGGAAGCAUGUCUUGUCCUGGCUAAGAGAUAAUGAUGUUCAUGUUGAGACAAUUAAUGAGUCUGAUGUGAUAUUUGGAAAAUUUGAUAUUGUAGACGACUAUAUUCUAAUUAAUCAUGUUUUGUUAUUAGCUAAAUAUUACAUCUACUGUAGGAGAUGUCAUAAUAUCGUGCCUUCAAUUAGAGGUCUUAUUGCUAGGGCAAGACGUGUCUUCAAUAUUGAGCUCCAUAUCGCCAGGGAGAAAAAUAGACUUCUUUUUCAUUAUCAAAAGUCGGAGAAGCUAACUUAUGUACUUUGUAGUAGUUGAUACACGUAGGUUCGUUAAAAUUAGUAGGCAUCUUUAUUGUUAUCGUGGUUGUUG